GAGUUGAACCGAAUGGCCUUACUUCUGAGCAAAAGGCGGCAGAGUCCUGCGCCUCCUCUGGCUAAGCCGGGCCUGUCGCCGGUGGCCCUUUUAAAAGGAGCGAGAGCGCAUUCGCGCGCCAUUUGGAAUCCGGGAGGCGCGAGGAAGUCGGCAGCGCGGACCGGGAGGCGCUGCUGCUGCUCCUUCUCCUCCUCCCGGUGCAAAGUUAGGGCGGGAAACGACGCCGGUGCAGAUGGAGCGGCUCGCGCGGGGCGGGUAAAUAUGGCGGUUUGGGGAGGCCGCGGUUCAGGUUUGCAAGGCGCAUUGCUAAGCUCUUGGGGAAUGCGCGCAGCCCGGCGCUACCCGGCUGCAGCCCGCUUGGCAUUUGCCAGGGAACAAGUACAGUGGUACCUCGGGUUACAGACGCUUCAGGUUACAGACUCUGCUAACCCAGAAAUAGUGCCUCGGGUUAAGAACUUUGCUUCAGGAUGAGAACAGAAAUCGUGUUCCGGCGGCGCAGCGGCAGCGGGAGGCCCCAUUAGCUAAAGUGGUGCUUCAGGUUAAGAACAGUUUCAGGUUAAGAACGGACCUCCGGAACGAAUUAAGUACUUAACCCGAGGUACCACUGUAAUGGGAUGGGGGGGGCGAGGUGUUGGCAGGCAGUGUUACAAUAUGGCCUUGCCCUAUCCAAGAUGGAAGGGUAUCUCUGUCAGAACAAGUCACAACUUGUUUUGAAAUGAAUCCCACUGGCUUGGGUAGAACUUAGUUCCCAACUGGGUUGUUGAGAUAUAUUUGGUCAUUUUCUGUCCUCCCAUUUUUCUGCAGAUUCAUGUUUGCGUACACAUGCUUUAGAUUUUAAAGGGGGAAGAUAAACUAAUCCCAAAGCAUGUUUAAGCUUCUAAAUACAGUGGUACCUCGGGUUACAUACGCUUCAGGUUACAGACUCGGCUAACCCAGAAAUAGUACCUCGGGUUAAGAACUUUGCUUCAGGAUGAGAACAGAAAUCGUGCUCCGGCAGCACGGCGGCAGCAGGAGGCCCCAUUAGCUAAAGUGGUGCUUCAGGUUAAAAACAGUUUCAGGUUAAGAACGGACCUGAACGAAUUAAGUACUUAACCUGAGGUACCACUGUAGUAUGGAUUGGGGGGGGGGGAGUCUGAGGUGUUUCUGCUGGCAACCUGAAGGAGGAGCUCAGGUUUGGGCGGAGGGUCCGGAUGGGGGCAUUAAGAGCACUCGGAUGCCGUUGAUUCUCCGUAGUCAUCCUUGUUGGCCUUGGCGAGGUUUUUUGGGGAGGUGGGAGGACCGUGGCUUUAACAGCCCGCUCUGCGUCAUCUACUGUAUUGGGGGCAAGAGCCCCUAUUCCUGUUGUUGUUGUUUAGUCGUGUCCGACUCUUCGUGACCCCCUGGACCAGAGCACGCCAGGCACUUCUGUCUUCCACUGCCUCCCUCAGUUUGGUCAAACUCAUGUUCAUAGCUUCGAGAACACUGUCCAACCAUCUCGUCCUCUGUCGUCCCCUUCUCCUUGUGCCCUCCAUCUUUCCCAACAUCAGGGUCUUUUCCAGGGAGUCUUUUCUUCUCAUGAGGUGGCCAAAGUAUUGGAGCCACCAAUACUUCAGGAUCUGUCCCUCCAGUGAGCACUCAGGGCUGAUUUCCUUCAGAAUGGAUCGGUUUGAUCUUCUUGCAGUCCAUGGGACUCACAAGAGUCUCCUCCAGCACCAUAUUUCAAAAGCAUCAAUUCUUCUGUGAUCAGCCUUCUUUAUGGUCCAGCUCUCACUUCCUUACAUCACUACUGCGAAAACUAUAGCUUUAACUGGGCCACCUCAAAACCAAUCAAACUUUGUAAAGAAUGUACAGUAUUUCCGGCUGCAGCAAGAAAGGGGCGCUGAUGUGUUGCCAUGCCAAGUUCUGCGCGCCGCACAAAGUCUUGUCACUCAUACUUCUAUGUUCUGUGUGUCCCCCCCUUUUAUGAUUUGAUUGUCUAAAUUAUGCCAAUAAAGGCCGAAUGCAUGUUCUCCAAAGCUUUCACGCGAAAACACCACAGUGAGACAGCAUCGGUUCUCCUUUGCGUGAUGAGCUGUUUCAUUAGUUGCGAAAAGCACGCUGCAGCCGGAAUUUUUUUAUUUUGAACACACUUUCCACCCCUGGCAGUGAUUUGUUGGUUUUGGUCACCCAAGGAAUGGGGGCGUUUCUCCGCCCCCCCCCCCCAACAUAAGCAAGCAUUGCGCGGACCCGGAGACGUAACGGGAGGGUUGCGCUUGGAGAUGUUAUAAUCUGAGGAUGGAGAUUUGUGAGAGAGGAGUAUACUUCUCUCCAGGCAUUCGCGCUAGCUGCCAAUAACCCCGCGGCCGCUUAAAGCCCACCGAUUUCCUUCGGUGGGAUUUCAACAGCUAGCUGGGUGCCGUAGCUCCUGGGAUUUGCAAAGCGAGGGCGCGCGCGUUUUGCAGAGCCUUGCCUCUUGCAAGCCUUGCUGCAGCUUCUCCUGCCCCUUUCCCGCCAUCGCCCUUCCUAUAGGUGCUCAGGUGGUUUUAAAUUUCGCAGGAAGGCAGGACUCGCGCACGCGUCUCCCUGGCACGGCACCGAAGGCCUCUUCCCGUGUCGAGCAACUUCCGCUUGCGCGGAGGCUGUCAUUGGCGGCUGCACGGCUUUGCGAGCAUCUUGAAAACGCUGGAGACGCCGGAUCUCUCCACCCACCCUCCCCGCUCUCUGUUUUCGGUAUUUCUUGGAGAUCGUAACAACACAGGGAGACUUCUCUUUUUAAAUAGCAGUAAUAAUAAUUCAGGAACACCCCCCCCCCCGACCUUGCAAAGAUUUCCUAUAUUCCAUCUGCUCUAGAUUAACGACCCCGCGUUAAAUCCAGGUAAGGAAAGCACUUUUUCUGCCGCCCUUGCAAAACUUCUCGGCGUUGUUUUGUUUCGCCCUUGAGGUGGCUGCUUUUUGUGAUUGCCAUGGCAAGGAAUCUGAUGGAAGAUAAAGAGGACAUUACUUGGUCACAACAACUAAAGCGGUUGCUAACCAGUUUAGUGUAUCUCUGGGGUCGAUCAUUUGAAGUAAUAAAUUCAUUUCAACCUGUGUGUGUCUGUGUCCCACCCUCCAUCAUUUAUUUCAAACGUGUCUCCAACUCGUCAUUUGUCAUUUCUCUAGGUAUUGCUUCUGCUGAAGGGAGACUGGUUUUUCCCAGCACUCAGAAGCAAAGUAUUUGUAUCUUUGGAGAAAUGCAGCCUGUAUUGCUAGGUGCCCACAACACCGUUAGCAUUCUGUUGUUCACAGCACCCUGAGAGGAUUGAAGGUGCAGGAGCAGUAGGAAUGCCUAUGAGUAUAGAUGAGCAGCAGCACUACUUAUAAUUCUACAUGUUUUGUAUUUUUUUUUAUUGCAAGCUGCUGUGAGGACCUUAGAGUUAAAAAGUGGGGGGGGGGGGGGAUAUAAACAAAUUUUGCCGUCUCUUCUUGCCUGGGCAGAGCAUUAACUUUUCGUUUUUGCUCCUUUAAAUUUUGAGAGUACAGUACUUGCAAAAUUGUGCAAUGUUUGGUUGUUUUAUUUUUAUUUUUUUAAAAAAAAUGAUUUUUAUUAAAAUUUCAGUAAAAGAUUAAACAGAAAAACAUAGAAACGAAGUACACAAACAUACAGUACAUAAUCCAAAGAAGAAUCAAAAACACAAAAAUCAAAAAAAAGAAAAAAAGAAACAGAACAGUUAAAAACAAUAUCACCUUUUCAUUUUCGUUUUUAAAUUUACUUAUUUUCUGGACCUCCUCAUACCUCCCUCUUUUGUAUUCCAGUCCAAAUUGUUUGUCCAGCAAUUUCUUUUCCACUUUUUUAAUCCCAAUCUUUAAUCUUAAUAUAAUAUAGCAUUAAAAUUUUACCUCUUAAAUACCAAAUUUCCAUUUCCUUAAACUUCUUUAAUCCUAAUCUUUAAUCUUAGUCUAUCUAUAACUUUAAAUCCUGUACAGCUGGAAACCACUUUUUUUCAAUCCAACAUCACUCUAGCAUUCUUUAAUUUUGCAAUGUUUCUGCAGAUAGUCUUUGAAUUUCUUCCAAUCUUCCUCCACCGACUCUUCUCCCUGGUCACGGAUUCUGCCAGUCAUUUCCGCCAGUUCCAUAUAGUCCAUCAGUUUCAUCUGCCAUUCCUCCAGCGUGGGAAGUUCUUGUGUCUUCCAAUACUUUGCGAUGAGUAUUCUUGCUGCUGUUGUUUCAUACAUAAAAAGAGUUCUAUCCUUUUUUAUCACCAUUUGGCCGACCAUGCCCAGGAGAAAGGCCUCUGGUUUCUUGGGGAAGGUAUAUUUAAAUACCAAUGUUUGGUUGUUUUAUUAAACUAGGAAUAACUGUUCGUCCUCAUCUUUUUCCAUCUCUUUAGCCAUAUAAACCUGUUCUGCUUCCAUUACAUUGUAACCGGCUACAGCUGUGCUACUGAUGCUGACCAACACUGACACAAGCAUAGAGUUAUAUUUACAUUAUUCUUCUCUUCCCUCCCCUCCCUCAGUUUUACAUUCACAUCAAUCCUGUGAGGUAGGUUGCACUGUGAGACUAUGACUGGCCCAAGGACAGCCAGUAAACUUCAUUGAGGAGUCUGCAGUCCUAAUCUCCCCUACUUUGUACUACUUGGUGGUUGUUGUUGUUUAGUUGUUUAGCCGUGUCCAACUCUUCGUGACCCCCUGGACCAGAGCACACCAGGCACUCCUGUCUUCCACUGCCUCCCGCAGUUUGAUCAAACUCAUGUUGGUAGCUUCGAGAACACUAUCCAACCAUCUCCUCCUCUGUCGUCCCCUUCUCCUUGUGCCCUCCAUCUUUCCCAGCAUCAGGGUCUUUUCCAGGGAGUCUUCUCUUCUCAUGAGGUGGCCAAAGUAUUGGAGCCUCAGCUUCACGAUCUGUCCUUCCAGAGAGAGAGAGAAUGCCUCCACUGAUUUAUUUGGGAAGAUUUAAAAGCUAAUUCAAAUAAUUCUUUUAAGUAGUGUGUGUAAGGAUAACUGACUUCACGGGGCUUCCAAGUGUCUUUAAGGCAGCAUUCCCAUCCUGUGGACAUUGAAGAAGUCUUGCAUAGGCUAGCAUUGGAGAGUGGGGGAGGCAUAUACUAUGGUGUUUUUGUCCUCCCAUUUUAAGUGAUUCACUUGACUCAAGGCCCUUUUGGUACUUUUCGGUGAGUGACAGUUUUCAUUAUUCAACACCUUGAGAGACUGCGCAGUUAGCCCCAUGUGACCCCUUCCUUGCCCUUCUCCCUCCUGCAGCCUCCCCGCACUGCUAGGUGUUCAAAAGGAACGCUGGCGUUAUUAUCACAUGCAAGUGCCCAGCGUUGCCUUCCACUCCUGUCACGUUGCUUUCCUAUAUUCCUUUCUCGGCUGCUUUGCCCUGCCCACGUGCGCAUGCCGGCUGCUCCCACCCCACCCUGCUUGCAGAAACGGAGGUGUGAUGAUCCAAGUAGGAUUGCUUGCUGGGUUUCCCCGGCAGCAAGCAAUUUGUCGCUUCUUCGCUCCCUGCUUAAUUUCACGAACUUGUAAAUAUACAUGGCUUGCUCUGUUGCUUGCAGUUUUAUUCAAACCUGUUGCUGUUUCAAUCCCUCUGGGGAUCUGUAUGAUUUGCAUAGAAUAUUAGGUGGCAUUUGCUGUCUCUUCUCCUCAGUUCACAGGCAUGUGUGUGAAGAAUUUGGCUGGAUAUGCAAAUCUGUUGCUUUCCAAUCUUUGAUGCUCACUCGGCUGUGAUGGAAGUACGCUAUUUGCCCUUUCUAAAAUUCGGCUCAUUUGGAGAAGGAACUUCCAAGUGAACUCUUGUGCCUUGCAAGCUGAUGAAUCUGCACUAGCCUUUAAAAAUCCUGGAGAGAUUAUGUGUGUUUUUUUUGGGGGGGGGAGGGAGGUCUGUGCCACGGCUGUACAAUGCAGAGUUCUAAGACUGCAAAAACCUCUGAGUGCAACAGGAAAAAUGUUUCUGUGUGCACCAGCGGUAGGGCUGGUUUUCAACAUCACGAUAUAUCACCAGCUAAACGUUGUGAUAGGGAUGCGGGUGGCGCUGUGGGUUAAACCACAGAGCCUAGGACUUGCCGAUCAGAAGGUCGGCGGUUCGAAUCCCCGUGACAGGGUUAGCUCCCGUUGCUUGGUCCCUGCUCCUGCCAACCUAGCAGUUGGAAAGCACGUCAAAGUGCAAGUAGAUAAAUAGGUACCGCUCCGGCAGGAAGGUAAACGGCGUUUCCGUGCGCUGCUCUGGUUCGCCAGAAGCGGCUUAGUCAUGCUGGGCACAUGACCCGGAAGCUGUAUGCCGGCUCCCUCGGCCAAUAAAGCGAGAUUAGCGCCGCAACCCUACAGUCGGUCACGACUGGACCUAAUGGUCAGUGGUCCCUUUACCUUUACCUUUAUAAACGUUGUGAUAUAUCUGUAUAUCACAAUGUCUGACAUAAGGAUGGAACUAUGUAGAGGCGAAAAGUAGGGCUUGGGCGUUCAACAUCGUGAUAUAUCACUAGCUAAACAGCGCGAUGUAGCAUCGCAAUUCGCGAUACGUGACCAGAUCAAAAGUUAUGAAACCGUUACAGUGGUGCCUCGCAAGACGAAAUUAAUUCGUUCCGCGAGUUUUGUCGUCUUGCGAUUCUUUUCGUCUUGCGAAGCACAGUGUCGGGAAAGUUUUGGAAAAGCUUCAGAAAAUCACCAAAGUCUUCAAAAACCUCAAAAAAGGCUACCACACCGCGUUCUAUGAGUUGCUUCUCGAAGCCAAGUCGCAACUGUAUUAACGGUGUUAAGAAAAAGGAAACAAACUUGCAAGACGUUUCCGUCUUGCGAAGCAAGCCCAUAGGGAAAAUCGUCUUGCGAAGCGGCUCAAAAAACAAAAAACCCUUUCGUCUAGCGAGUUUUUUGUCUUGCGAGGCAUUCGUCUUGCGAGGUACCACUGUAUUACGCUAUGGACAUCAAACUGGUUUUGGAUGAUAUAUUGCCCAGCCCUAGUGUGUGAAUUAAAAAUAGCUGGGGGAGUCUGCAGUACCCCUUUCCCCUAUGCACACUGGGACUAGUCCCCCUCCAUCUAGAUAUCUGAUCACCUUGUGAGUGCUGAUGGAAUCAAGGUAGCUCAUAGUUGUCUUGUUUUUUCACAUGUGAAACAUGCAGGAAUAGAUUGCAGAACAGUAAUCUACCAUAGGUUAUUUGAGGAGGGCUUCAGUACAUGCUGGUGAUGGUUGGAAAUGGGGUAAACUGCAUGAAUUGUGCAAAAUGCUUGCAAAUGGGAGAGAUUCAAAGUGUCUUCGUUGGCCAGCCAGCCAGCCAGGCCCUGUAAGUUCUGCCACGCAUGGGCAAAAUUUGCUUUGGACACAAAAGGAAAACGUUUUUCUGGCCAUCUUAACAUGAUGCCGUGUCUCUUCUGAAACACCUUUUGCUGAUCCAUCGAUGUUGUGCUGGGGAUGGGGCCGCUUUCUUGACCCACUUCACAUUCACUGGCUUUUGUUAGCGCACAGCGGUGCGGAGAGCGGUUGAGAAUGCGGCCUGUUAUGCAACUCAGGUACACUUUCCCUGGUAGGCUAUUGACUUUCUCAUACUUCCCCAGGGGGCCAGUUUCCUUGGAAAUUUGAAUGAAACUAGGCCCCAGUCACCUGCGGGGAGGAGCAAGAAAUCACAUGUGAGCUGUGGCUCAUAGGGUGCCUGAAUAAGCCAUGAUGUGCAGGGUUGUUUUGGAUCAAUGUGGUUGCAUUGUAAGAACUGAGGCCAGUGAGGGCUGAAAACAGUUUUCCUAGGGAUUCUCAUCGUCUUCGUUUUACUCCAAAUCUCAAAAUAAACCCAGGGUCCUGGUACCCCCAAAGACUUACCUGUGCACACAACAAUUCUUUCUUUCCUUGUCUUAGUUUUACUUCGUUUUAACUGUAAACUCAAAGAGAUAAGAAAGUUACCAGUUGUGAGCGCCAUCUUUUAUAUAGGGCUUUAUAGUGUGUACAGCAGGCCUUUGCCCCCGAUGUUGUACUCCAGCUCCCAUCAUCAUGGGCCAUUGGCUAUGCUGGUUGGGACUGGUGAGGGUUGGGAGCCCAGUAACACCUCAAAGGUCACAAGUCCUCCCCAUUCUCCUGGGUUUGCAUUCUCCUGGUCCCAAUCCCAUGCUUUGCAUAUGAUGUCCCAAUCCUUAAAACAAUCCCUGUAUGGUAGGUUAGCGUUUUGUCCAUACUGGAGAUGGAGGUGAGUCACAGCUUGCCCAAAUCACAUAAUUAUAAUGCAAGAAUUAUACAGUGGUACCUUGGGUUACAGACGCUUCAGGUUACAUACGCUUCAGGUUACAGAUUCCACUAACCCAGAAAUAGUACCUCAGGUUAAGAACUUUUCUUCAGGAUGAGAACAGAAAUUGUGCUCCGGCGGCAGCGGGAGGCCCCAUUAGCUAAAGUGGUGCUUCAGGUUAAGAACAGUUUCAGGUUAAGAACAGACCUCUGGAACGAAUUAAGUACUUAACCCGAGGUACCACUGUAUUGAUAUCUCCUAGUUUAUAUGCUGUUCUAACAGCCGAGUGUCAGAAUCUCCUUUGCCACGAGUGAAUUAGGGCCAAUGCCUACAAACAAAUGCAUGGAGGACACGAAAUCGCUUGCUGCACCAGUGAGCUGUUGAUAAAUGGUGGCUCACCCAGUGUUAGAUACUCAGAUGUUUAAUCUAGGUGCCAGAUGACUCCUUAAACCGGUGGUUUUCAACCAGUGUGCCGUAGCACCCUGGGCUGCCUUGAAUGAUGGUCAGGGAUGCUGUAGGCAACACUGGCCUCUGUCCCUCCAUCGUCUGAUGCCCUCUCACAUCUCUGCCUCCCAAAGGCUUGCACAGCUGUUUGUUGCAGCAGCCCUGGCUAUAAGCUCCAUCGGUGAAUGGUGCCUCUGGGAGGGCACCUCUAUUUGGGGCAAGGGCGGGCAGCUCAAAGACUGGGGCAGCAGCUACGGCUGCCCAGAGGACUCUGAAGGAGAGGGGAGAGGAGGCUGAGGGAACAUUCCACAAGGAAGGGUGUUCAAAAAAAGGAUGAGAGGUUGCCAGCUCUGCAGGCAAGGGGAGACACAACUGGGCUCCUGAGCCACACAAGGGUGCCUCAGAAAGAAUAUAGUUGGUUAAGGGAGCCAUGAACUCAAAAAGGUUGAAAACCUCUGCCUUAACCAAGGUUGCAGUCACCAGAACAGAAUGUCUAUUUGCCAUUUUGGGGCAUGACUGCUCUAAAGUCUUUAUUUUUCAACUGAUGGACGGACUGACUGGCUGAUUCUCAGUUAAACAUCUGGCUAGUUCAGAUGACAACCUUGAAAGCUAGGCUAAGAACUUUGAGAACUUAAAAGAAGAAAAGUGACUUGAUUCAAGGAUAUAUAUUGGCUUAUUCCAAGCUCUUUUUUCUCAAUGGUGACUACUCCUCCUCAGGCGGCACAGAAAAAGCAAUUAGGUCCCAGAAAUACUUUCCGAUUGUGCAGCUAAAAUAUGAGUGAUAGAAUUCUAUAGGAUGGGGGUAUUAGUGUGUGGAAAACGGUCCAGAUCCAAUGAUCCCCAGGCAUGCACCUCCAGAUAGUGUUGUCAGGCACCAUCCUGGUACCCAGGCAUUUUCACUUGAUCACAAGUGGCUGAAAGCCAGGUGCAAGAUGCGCCUAGCGUCUGGCUAAUUUUGAACAUUGCACACCUGAUCUGGUUAACGCUGAAUUUUGUAGUGGUUCAAAGAGAUCUACCUGCUGCUGCUCAUGUUCAUGUUAUCACACAGAGUAGCUGCAGCAAAAUGAAGUGGCCACUGUGGAGAUUCUGGUUCCAAGAUGCAUCAUCUUUUGGUUUUGAAAUGGAGGAGGUGGCAAGGUUCAAGCCUGACUGGGAGCCAUGCUGAAUAACCUCAGAUGGUGGGUGCGACUGAUCUUCAGUGGAAGAUCUGCACUCCCCUGCGGGCAUCUCCUUGCAUAAUUACGGUUGCUUCACAUGUUCCAGGAUUAAGCCCUGGGUUUCAGAGUAGGUUUUAAGGCAGAGCCUGACUCGGAGCACUGGGCCUAGACCCAUAGGAAGAGAAGGAUUCAGUGUUAACAGGCCAUUUAGAGUGUUUUAGCAAGGCCUGCUCAGCCAUUAGGCAGGAUGCAGCUGCUGCCUCAGGCAGCAGAAGCCCCUGAAGCAGCGCCCCCAUGGCUGCCCUGCCUGUACCGCUGCCAGCGACGGAGAAGCAGCGCCAACAUCUGCGCCAGUUUCGGGUGAGGUCACAUCCAUUUGAGGUGAGAGCUAACCCCAAAUCAGCACGAUCUCGCCUGAAAUCGACACGGAUGCAGCACAGCGGUUGCGGCAAGCAGUAGCGGCGACAGGUCUGGUGGCAGCAGUGUUAGAAACUCAGAGAUGUAAUCUUUGUUGUUGUUGUUUAGUCGUUUAGUCGCAUCCGACUCUUCGUGACCCCAUGGACCAGAGCACGCCAGGCACUCCUGUCUUCCACUGCCUCCCACAGUUUGGUCAAACACAUUCGAGAACACUGUCCAACCAUCUCGUCCUCUGUCAUCCCCUUCUCCUUGUGCCCUCCAUCUUUCCCAACAUCAGGGUCUUUUCCAGGGAGUCUUCUCUUCUCAUGAGGUGGCCAAAGUAUUGGAGCCUCAGCUUCAGGAUCUGUCCUUUCAGUGAGCACUCAGGGCUGAUUUCCUUAAGAAUGAAUCGGUUGGAUCUUCUUGCAGUCCAUGGGACUCUCAAGAGUCUCCUCCAGCACCAUAAUUCAAAAGCAUCAAUUCUUCGGCGAUAUAGAUACAAGCUAGGCGCCAAUUGUCUCUUUAAACCAGGGUUAUAGUUGGCAAAACAGGCUGCCUAGUUGCCAUUUUUGGGGCCGGACGGUUCAAAAAGUUGUAUUUUUCAAUACGACUUUUAGGUUCCUGAAAUUCAUUCCGAUGGUGCCGAUAAAAUAUACCCGAUAGAGUUCUACAGGAUGUGGUUGCUAGUGUGUGAAAACAGUCAAGAUUCAAGGACCCCUCAGGCUCGCACCUCGAGAUGGUGGAGACCUCAGGUGCCAUCUUGGCGCCUUGGCAUCUUCACCUGGUCGCAAGUGGCCAAUAGCCAGGUACAAAGUGUGCUUGGUGCCUGGGUAAUUUCGAACAGUGGUCAGCCUGCCCCUACAGUGCUGGUCUUACUUGCCAAUUCUCCAUAACGAGACUUCAAGCUGCCGCUUGCCAGAGGUUGUGCUAAGAUGUCAAAAUCCCAAUCUUCCCCCACUGAAUAUUGCAUCCACCUAGCCAAGAUACCCCAGAGGUAUUUGAGCAUGAGUCUUAAGUCACCGUAUUUUUUGCUCUAUAAGACUCACUUUUUCCCUCCUAAAAAGUAAGGGGAAAUGUGUGUGCGUCUUAUGGAGCGAAUGCAGGCUGCGCAGCUAUCCCAGAAGCCAGAACAGCAAGAGGGAUUGCUGCUUUCACUGCGCAGUGAUCCCUCUUGCUGUUCUGGCUUCUGAGAUUCAGAAUAUAUUUUUUUCUUGUUUUCCUCCUCCAAAAACUAGGUGCGUCUUGUGGUCUGGUGCGUCUUAUAGAGCGAAAGAUACGGUGUGUGGUUGCAGAAGAGGUUUGGGCUCCCAAACAUUUCUCCUCAACUUGCACACACACAUACGCAUCCUCCCUGCUGCAUAGUGACCUUUGUUAUCGUGACAUCCUAGAGUCUGGAAAGUAGGUUAGAAUUCUGCAGCGCUUUGUGUAAGUGGGCCAGUUACACAAACCAGGUUACGUCCUGUCAUUUUGAAAUCAGUGUGAACUCCAGUAGUGGUGGAUUGGGGUGAGUUAAGAAGGGGUUGCCUUGUCGAGAAGUGAGUGGAGAAAACGCAACUCCUUUUCCUACUCCUCUUUAGCAACCCAAAGUUUUGCCAGUUGUCUGCAGUCUUCUAGUUCCCAGCAGCUUCUCUCUUUCCCUCUCGUCUUAAAAGCUCCAGGAAUUUUGGAAGCAGUCCAUCUGCAUGCGCCUGAGGAGUUUGCGUGCAUGAAGCCCCAGGAACUGGAAGGUUCUGCUGGUAAAAUAAACUUACACAGGAGUAACGUGAGAAAUCCCUUCUCUGCUUUCUGAUCUGUAGGCCAGGAAAGGAGUUUUAUCAGUCCUCCCUCUCAUGAUAUUCUUCAUGGUUCUUUAAGGCUGUGGCAGUUCUGUUAUAUCUCUGCUUCAAUAGCCUUGGCUAUUGGAAAAGCUGAGGUUCAGGGCAUGGGUAGGCGAUAGCAGAAGCGUUUCUGAAGAUCUAUAGUCAAUUUGCAUGGAAAUCUUAGUUUGCUGUAGAGAAGACAUGUGCAACAGCUCUACCUGUUUUAGAAUGCUUUAGCUUCUGAGCAACGGGUCUGCGGAUUUUGGCUGAGAUUUAUAGCCAAGCAUUGUUUCCGGCAAAGUUCCACUUUUUCACUUCCUGACCUGCAGAGACAAGGUAAGUCUCUUUUGCAUUCCCUGGCAGGGGACAAGUAGCGCGUUUACGGCAACCUUUCUUGUCCAUCCCAUGACGCUGGUUGGUGCUGUGUCCCAGCAAACUAACUUAAAUGUCCAUUCACCUGCUGGUGGUAAUAUUUGAGGAUCGCAGCUUCUGAAGUUUGCUAAUUGCAUGGGAGAGGGGGGCAGGGAGCUGCAAUUAGCUAAUUUGUGGGGUAAUAAAGGGACGCAGGUGGCGCUGUGGGUUAAACCACAGAGCCUAGGGCUUGCUGAUCAGCAGGUUGGCAGUUCGAAUCCCCGUGACAGGGUGAGCUCCCAUUGCUCGGUCCCUGCUUCUGCCAACCUAGCAGUUUGAAACCACGUCGAAGUGCUAGUAGAUAAAUAGGUACCACUCCAGCGGGAAGGUAAACGGCGUUUCCGUGCGCUGCUCUGGUUUGCCAGAAGCGGCUUAGUCAUGCUGGCCACAUGACCCGGAAAGCUGUACGCUGGCUCCCUCGGCCAGUAAAGCGAGAUGAGCGCCGCAACCCCAGAGUCAGUCACGACUGGACCUAAUGGUCAGGGGUCCCUUUACCAAAAGGGAAGAGAAUUGCAUAGCAAUAGGAGAACAUGGAUUGUAUGAACCCGAUCUCCUAAUGUGGCCAAACAAGGGUUGUCUUGGUUGUGUCUGCCUGAUAGCCAAUUAGUAGGUGAUCAGUUUAGCGUCUGUUGAUUCUGCAUUCGCAAAGAAUUGUGAAUUUUUGCUUGGUUGUGUGACUACUGCAGUUGGGAGACUUAGGCUCUUGAGAGCAUCCCUUUAAAAAAAAAAAGCUGUGUGGAUAAACAUGAGUUCACAUAGUCACUUAAGAUCAGGCAUAGGCAAACUCCAGCCCUCCAAAUGUUUGGGACUACAAUUCCCAUCAUCCCUGACCACUGGUCCUGUUAGCGAGGGAUGAUGGGAAUUGUAGUCCCAAACAUCUAGAGAGCCAGAGUUUGCCUAUGCCUGCUUAAGAUGGUUCUUCUGUGCAUCCUAGGCAAUGAAUUUGUAUCUCAGUUGGGAGACUAUAGGCGAGUCUGUUGUAUUAAUUUUUUGUAGCCAACAUGUAUUUAUAUAGAGAAUAACAUGUUGCAGAAUACGCUUGCGAAAAACCGUCAGGGCAGUCCCUCUGACUUUCAACACUGCCCUCAGUAAUUACUUGGGCCACAUAGAAAGUGGCAUGUGCUGUAAAAUGUUUAUCAACAUCUGGGGAGGUGAGAGGGAGUGUAUGAGAACUAUGUGGUACUUUAUUUCCUUUCUCCAGAUUUUGAGAUAAUGGCAAGAGUUGGUACCAGCCUUUCUUGCUUGCUGAAGCCAGACAUACUGUACAUGAUUUUAUUUUUUGCAUUUUCAUUCUAUGUUUCUCCCCUCAAUGUGCCAUAUAUGUUUUAUCCCCAUCCUCAGUUACCGUAUUUUGCGCUCCAUAGGACGAUCCGGCCCAUAGGGCGCACCUAGUUUUUUGGGGGGGAAAUAAAGAAAAAUAUUUUUAUUUCCCCCCCAGGUGUGGGGCUGGAAGAACUAGGUCGGGGAACAGCGGGUAGGCGCGCUCUGGCUCCCCGGUGUCCCCCGUGCUUGUGGGGCUGGCGAUGGGGAGAAGUGCGCUGAUCCCGGGACUGCAGGCAGCUCUGCGCGGCCAUCGGUAGCGGGGCGGGACUUCGCGCCCUGCUCCUGGUGGCCGCGCAGAGCUGCGCUGAGCCGGGCGGCAGGCAGCUCUGUGCCGCCAUCCGGAGCGGGGCGGGACUUCGCGCCCGGCUCCUGGUGGCCGCGCAGAGCUGCGCUGAGUCGGGGACGGCAGGCAGCUCUGCGCCGCCAUCCGGAGCGGGGCGGGACUUCGCGCCCCGCUCCCGGUGGCCGCGCAGAGCUGCGCUGAGUCGGGACGGCAGGCAGCUCUGCGCCGCCAUCCGGAGCGGGGCGGGACUCGCGCCCAGCUCCCGGUGGCCGCGCAGAGCUGCGCUGAGCCAGGGACGGCAGGCAGCUCUGCGCAACCCUCGGAGUCAGUCUCCCGAGGGUUGCGCAGAGCUCCUGAAGCCUGGAGAGCGCGAGGGUCAGUGCGCACCGACCCCUCUCGCUCUCCAGGCUUAAGCGAAAGCCUGCAUUCGCCCCAUAGGACGCACACACAUUUCCCCUUCAUUUUUGGAGGGGAAAAUGUGCGUCCAAUGGUGCGAAAAAUACGGUAAUUCCCACAACAACCGAUGUAGGUUAGGCUGAGAAGCAGCAACAGAGUGGGGAUUUGAACUCUAGCCUCGAAGCCCAGAGCCUAUUAGAACAACAAUCAGCAGAAAAAGGAGGGGUCAUCAAGGAGGACUGCGCUUCAAAAUAUUAAAAUUGAGAACAAUGUGGGAAAAGCCCCCUGCGUGAUUAUAGAAAUAAGGAAUGGCCAAAUAAAACAAGAUAGUGAGUUAUACCAGCGACUGACUGAUCGCGAGAGGAGAUUGUUAAUAUCAGGAUUGGAAAAUUGUGAAGUAAUAAAGAAGAUAGCAGAAAGAUAAAGGAUGGGCAUUUGGCUUUUGAAAUCCAGAACAUGGGAAGUCCCACUGAAAUUAAUUAAUUUGGAUUAUAUAAUUGGCUAUAUUGUUUUUUGUAUGUGGAAAGAUUUGGUUUGAAUUUGUUAUUAAUGUGAAUGUUUUUUUAAUUGGAAAAUGAAUAAAAAUUAUUUACAAAAAAGAGGAAAAAAAGAACCCUAGCCUUGUGAGGUUCUUUUUUUUUUAAGAAUACAUUUUUAUUAAUUUUUAACAUAUUAACAUUCAUACAACAGAACUUCACAUCUUAUACAAUAUUUUUUGGACUUCCGUCAAUGCCUCUGAUGAUUUUCCGUUCUUAUCACUUAUGCAUUUCUUAAUUUCAUAUUACCUUUAAUUAUCUUUAACUAAUAAUUAUCCUCAUUGUCUUUUUUUGCAGUAUUUCAAAUAAUCCACCUUGCAAACCUACUUGCGUAAUCUGUCCAUCACUAUUACUUUUCAAACGCAGUAGUCUGUAAAUUUCCUCCAGUCUUCUGAGAAUCUCUGGUCCCGCAGGUUUCGAAGCCUUCCUGUUAGUUUAUCUAAUUCUGCAUAGUCCAUCAAUUUCAUUCUCCAUUCUUCUUUCGUUGGUAAUUCUUCUUGCUUCCAGUUUUGUGCCAAAGCCUUGUGAGGUUCUAGUCCGACACAGUAACCCCUGGCAAGCCAGUGCCUGGAUUUCUGCAGGCAGCAAAAGCCAUUUUGUUUUACUGUGAAAAUCUCUGAAAUGAGAAGUAAUCGACUAUAGAAUAACAAAAAUUAAAAAAAACUAGAAUUAAACAAAAACUUAACAAGAUGCCGGCUACAAAGCUCGUUUCACUGAACUAAUCAGUUUCCUCAGAAGGAAAUAAAGAAAUUAUAAGAUUUUAAGUGAUAUCAAACAAGCUCUGGAGCAGGGCUAGAAAUGCUUCCUCGAGUUUACAAAAAAGGUAUGAAAACCAUAUGCUACAACAGCAGCAAGAAUACUCAUUGCAAAGUAUUGGAAGACACAAGAUCUACCCACUCUGGAAGAAUGGCAGAUGAAGGUGAUUGACUACAUGGAAUUGGCGGAAAUGACUGGCAGAAUCCGAGACCAGGGAGAAGAGUCGGUGAAAGAAGACUGGAAGAAAUUUAAAGACUAUUUACAGAAAUAUUGUAAAAUUAAGGAAUCUUAGAAGGAUGUUGGAUAGAAACUAAGAGGUUUUUAGCUGUAAUGCUUUAAGAGAUAUGAAAAAAGGUUUACAAUUGGGUAAAAGCUUAAUGGUAAGGAUUUGCUGAACUAACAAACUGAACGGGAAUACAAAAAAGGGAGGUACGAGGAGGUCCGGGGAAAGAAGUGUAGGGAAGAUAGGUUAUGGAAAAUUAAUGUCUUUUUAACUGUUUUAUUUUGUAUGUUUCUUUUUAUUUUUUACUUUUUUGUUAUAUUUUAAAAACUUUAUCUUUUUUUUGUAUUCUGUAUUUUUUGUAUUUUUUGAAACUUUAAUAAAUAUCAUUUUUUUAAAAAAAGGUAUGAAAACCUCAAUGACAAGUUUUAAACAUAGCCCUAUUUAACUUGUUUGAGUCUCUGCUUUGUGAAUGACACAGCACCUCUGUGGCUUAAUGUUGCUUCUGUUCUCCGCAGGCUCCCUUCUUUCACUUAGGCUGAGAUUUAUGGACUUGUACAUGAUGAAUUGCGAACUCUUGGCGACGUGCAGCGCCCUGGGCUUCUUGGAAGGGGACACCUACCACAAAGAGCCGGAUUGCUUAGGUGAGAGACCCCAGGGGGUAGCAGGUGUAUAUUGGAGGUUUAAAGGGGGGGGGUGCGGUAUGCCUGUCACAAACAGACUCAUUAAUGGAGCCAGUUGAUAUGGGGAUGUGGAUGGGGGAUGCAUUUUAGGGAAGCGUGUGAUUUUUAUACACUUAGAAAAACCGAUCCGUCAUAAGAGCACAAGACUCUUAAUCUCAAGGUUGUGGGUUCAAGCCACCUUGGGCAAAAGAUUCCUGCAUUGCAUAAGAAAUAAUAAUAAUAAUAAUAAUGUUGUAAUUUAUAUCCUGCCCAUCUGGCUGGGUUUCCCCAGCCACUCUUUGCAGCUUGCGGCAUAUACAGGUGAAACUCGGAAAAUUAGAAUAUCGUGGAAAAGUUCAUUUAUUUCAGUAAUUCAACUUAAAAGGUGAAAUUAAUAUUUGAGAUAGACUCGCAAAGCAAGAUAUGUCAAGCCUUUAUUUGUUAUAAUUGUGAUGUUAUAGUUGUGGCUGUUAAACAAUAAAUAACAAUGAUAUAUGUGUGUGUGUUUCAGUACCUCAUGUUACAUACACUUCAGGUUACAUAUGCUUCAGGUUACAGACUCCGCUAACCCAGAAAUAGUACCUCGGCUUAAGAACUUUGCUUCAGGAUGAGAACAGAAAUCGUGCUCUGGCGGCGCGGCGGCAGCAGGAGGCCCCAUUAGCUAAAGUGGUGCUUCAGGUUAAGAACAGUUUCCGGUUAAGUACGGACCUCCGGAACGAAUUAAGUACUUAACCUGAGGUACCACUGUAUUGUCAAGAUAAUCAGGGGUUUCUGUUUUCUCCGUUUUUAAAAAGGGCUUCUUCUUUUUGCAGCAAUAAUAUUACUUCUUGUAUAACCUUGCUUAAUUUUUAAGUGGUGGGACAGGAAUUCCAUGUGCUUUUUUGUUUUACAUCCUUUCCAUUGUUGCUCCCACAUAACCCUUCUCUCCCUGCCCAUCUCUCCGUGUUCAGAGAGUGUGAAAGACUUGAUCCGCUACCUGCGCCACGAAGAUGAGACGAGGGAUAUUCGGCAACAGCUGGGGGCGGCGCAGAUUCUGCAAAAUGACCUGAUCCCUAUCAUCGUCCAAUACCCUCAAGACAAACAGCUCUUUGAUGCUGUUAUCAGGUAACCCGCGUGGGUGAGGGAUGACUUGCUUGGCUCCUGUAGGUUUAAUAAAACCCAUACAUUAAUAUUAUAAUAAUCAGGAGCUCACCAAGUUAAUAGCUAAAUAUCGUCGAAACACAUUGCAGAUGUCUGAUCUCCCUGGAGACCUAGAGAUGUAAUGUUAGACUGCUUUGCUUCUUACAUUUGACAAAUGUUUUCUGUCACUGGGAAGGCGGUAAUUCUGUAUUGAUUUGCUAUGGAUGUUUGUAUGCGAUGCCAAUAAAAGGUUUGAUGAAGGAAUUAAUAUUAUUCAUGUAUGUACAAUGUUCCCUGACAGCGCUUUGAUGAGAGACAGGACUAAUAACUCAUUUCAGUCCAAAGCCUUGAUUGUGAAGAAGUCGGAGGUCAUGGUGUAAGGGUAUACAAUGCAUAAAAUUGGGAUACAGUCAUACCUUGGAUUAAAGUAGCUUCGGGAUGAGUAUUUUCGGGUUGCACGCUGCGGCGACCCAGAAGUAAUGGAGUGCGUUACUUCCGGGUUUUGCCGCUCGCGCAUGCGCAGAUGGUCAAAAUGAUGUCAUGCGCGGAAGCGGUGAAUCGCAACCCACAGACACGGGUUGUGUUCGCUUCAGGAUACGAACGGGGCUCCGGAACGGAUCCCAUUCGCAUCCAGAGGUACCACUGUAUAUCUAAGGAGUGACCCUUUAUAAGGAGAUACAAAAAUACUCUGAAAAAAGGAAUGCCUGCAAAAAUUGUGACAGGAACUUUGAUAAUGUUCCCAGCUUUCUUUAAUUUUGAUCUGCUUCAUCUGUCGUGGAGCUACGGCCCGAUGGCAAACCACCACUCUCUGAUCUGGAUUGGGCCUGUAUAAUUUGUGGCCCGCAAAGCUGAAUGCAGCCUCCUAGGGACACAAUAAGGGAAGAGUGACAUUCAACCAAGUUUUAUUCAGAAUUAAAAUGAACUUGGUCGUAUUGAUUCAUUUCCUUGGCUCUGCUCUGAGUAAGACUUGGUUGAAUGCCACCUAGAGUUUAAGAUGAGUGUUCCUCCUGAGAGAGCCCUUUCUCUUGUGGCCAUAUACCUAGAAUCAUAGAAUUGUAGAGUUGGAACCCAAGGGUCAUCUAGUCCAACCCCCUGCGAUGCAGGAAUCUCACCUAGACCUUCCAACCUUAAAAACCUCCAAGGCGGAGAGUCCACCAUCUCCCAAGGGAGUCCAUUGCACUGUCAAACAGAGCUUACCGUCAGAAAGUUCUUCCUGGUGUUUAUACAUAAUCCCCUCACUUGUAACGUGAAUCCAUUGGUUUGAGUCCUACCCUCGAGAGCAGGAGAAAACAAGCUUGCUCCAUCUUUCAUGUGACAGCCCUUUAGAUAUUUGAAGAUGGCGAUCAUAUCACCUCUCGGUCACCUCUUCUCCAGACUAAACAUACCCGGCUUCCUUAGCUGUUCCUCAUAAGGCUUGGUUUCCAGACCGUUGGUUGCCCUCUGAAAGCAGGAUCCUGAACGUGGCUUUGCUUAAUGAUCAGAAGAGAUGGGCCUGUUUUUUUCCUACUAUGAGAAAAGGUGCUUCUUUGUAAUGCACUCUAAUUUUAAGACUUAAAAUGAGCCCCAAAGACUGUAUCAUCUGCUGGUUUUAAACCUGGCUCCAGAAAGCCUCAGGUAAAAUAAAUUUCAGUUCUUCCUCCUUAUUUCUCACAUUCGCUCUCCUUGAACAGAGCAGGCCAGCCAGUGGAAUCUCUAGUUUUAUCAGUGGCAGCCUUAAGCAGAGAACCACUAGUCCCAUCAAGGCUGUCACUCGCUUAGGACUCCGUGAAGCUAUUUCACAAUAAUUGUUGGAGCCUCUUAUUUUGUUUUCUUUUUCUCCUAGGUUAAUGGUAAACUUAACCCAGCCAGCUGUCCUCUGCUUUGGCAAACUCCCCCAAGAAGCCAGCUUCCGACACCAUUUCCUGCAAAUUGUCUCUUAUCUGCAGGCUUACAAAGAAGUGAGUGGUUCGUACUGGUGUCGCUCAUCUUCCAGUUCUUCCUGGGAUCCAUGUGGGACUGCCUUGUGUUUCUUGAGCAGCACCACAUUUUUAUUAAUAAGAAAUACAUUGGAAAACAAAAGAGAAACAACUACUAUCAGUGCUUGAUUUAUAGCGUAGAAUGCAACUGCUUUAUACCUUGGUUUACGAACUUAAUCCAUUCCGGAAGUCAGUUCUUAAACCAAAGCAUUCUUAAACGAAGGCAUGGUUUCCCAUAGCAGCGGGGGGCUUAAUUUACAAAUGGAACACACUCAACAGGAAGCGGAACAUGUUCUGCUUCCAAGGCAAAAGUUCACAAACCAAAACACCUACUUCCGGGUUUGCAGUGUUCUUAAUCCAAGUUGUUCAUAAACUAAGCUGUUCUUAAACCAAGGUGCCACUGUAAUAUGAUCACGGGACACCCAGAAAGCAUUAAACAAUGCAGCUACAUAAGAACGUGAAUAAUUCCCCAAAUAUGAACAAGUCUUUGCUAGCACUGUGUGAUUCGGGAUUACAACUGGGUUUGCCCCCGGUAUCACUGGAUGCUCUUCCUCUUAUCUAUCCAUAUUCUGCAACGACAACAGAAAUACCGUAUUUUUCACUCCAUAAGAUGCACUUUUUUUGUCCAGAGGCAAAAAGCAGAUCAUGCUUUUUUUUUUUUUUGGAAAGAGAAGACUAAAGCAAUAAGGAGAGAAAUUAGAAGAAAAGGAGGAGCAAAAAAACUGCUCCAGCUAAGGAAAAGACACUAAGGCAAACAAGAGGGAAGGGAGUGUUGAAAGGAAACAGCGGAUCGGUGGGAUCAGAAGAGAGAUAAGAGACGCUAGCGGAGGCUGCCUGGGAGGGGGGAGGUAAAAGCCCAAGGAUCCUCAGGAUUUUUACAUUGGGUCACCCCAAAUUCACCAUCAGAUCACAUAGUGUGUCCAUGGCUAAAGCCUGCACCAAAAAAAAUCACUCACCCACUUGCUUGGGGCCGCUAUGACGCAAAAACGUUACAAAGCAUGGAUCUGUUGGCUAUUUGCAGUUUAGUAGCGCUGCAGAGAGCUUGCUGGGGAGACCAUGCAUUAAAAGGGAAUCAAAAAGUACUUAAACAAGGUUUUAAUAAGAAAAACAAAAACUCCAGUUACACUAAAUACAUCAACAGCCAUGACCCAACCACCAACCCAUCCCCCAGGGUAAUGGGAGAGCUAGGUGCUACUCCUUAUAUACUACACCCAAUUGCUGACACAGCUUAAUCAAUACAACUCAGCAGCACCUGCUGUGUUUCACAGCUGUAAAGCUGGGUCUCGUUAUCUUGCUCUGGCCCCUUAAAGGCAUACACAUCGGGUGGAACAAUGAUGAACCUUUACAUUUAAAGAAACCAUUCAACAGGAUCCACAUGGAUCCUCAGGAUUUUUGCAUUGGGUCACCCCAAAUUCACCAUCAGAUCACAUGUCUGUGGCCACAGCAUGAACCACAAAAAUCAUACAUCCACUGUUUCGUUCAGAAUAUUCUUUUUCUUGUUUUCAUUCUCUAAAAACUAGGUGCGUCUUCCAGUCGGGUGCGUCUUGCGGAGCGAAAAAUAUGCCAUGCUACACUAUACUACACCGAAACAUUUCAAUGUUUCUUUGAUUGCCCUUGAACCUUCCUGCCGUGCUUGUCAUCCUCUCCUGCCACACCCUCCGACAACCACUGCUCUAGGGGUGUUGUAAACAAAAAUUGCCCUUUUCCCUUAUGGGGUAUCCAAGAGCCCAUAUAGAGUCCUUACAUAGGUUCCCUAUUGGUAGGAGAGAAUAACAGAGGCCAACCAGAGAAUACUGAGAAGCAAAGCAGCUAGUAAGCUUGAUCUUUAUUGAUCUGUUGCAACAGAGUGCUCCCCUCACCCACAGGAGAGGAGGAGGAACCCCGAAAAAUGGCGUGCAAGGCCUUAUAAAGACUUUUGAAAUUCCCACCCUGUAGAUCAGGACCACCCCCAGAAACAUCAUAUAUACAUCACAGAAGGGGUGUAACCUAAGACCACCCCUCAGAUACAUCGCACCUACAUCACAGAAAAGGUGGUCUAAAACAGAAAUUUGAAUAUUGUUUUUCUCUUGUUGUUUAUCUCCUGUCCGGCACGUUACUUGAUUGGAUUGCCUGGGGAGCCUGGCCAGUCUUUUGUAGUGAUAAAUACUUAGUUCCUGGGGCAGGUCAAAAGCUCACACCCUAUUCAAACACAGACAUACCCUUAAGACAGGAUUUGUGAAGGAAAAGACAGUGGGGAGGCUUUUCCACUUUGACCUUGCAGAGAAAACAUUUGUUCAGUUUGGGACAGUUUGGGAAUCAAAAUGGUUCCAAGUCGGUCUUCCUGUGCUGAUCUAUGUACGUGCUUGGUUGGUACGCUUAUGAACAUUACCAUAUAUCUAAGGUCAUAAAAUUCCUAUCACGGGGAGACUAACACGCUUCCUUCCCCACCUUGUAGGCAUUUGCCAACGAGAAGAUCUUUGGGGUACUGAGUGAAAAACUAUAUGACCUGCUGCAGCUGGUGAGUAGUACCGUUUUGGUCACAGAAGCAGCGCUUUGUGGGGAAUCCACUCCCCAAGUGCAGGGAGCCAGAAGGGAUUUAGGGAAAGGAUGUGGAAGGGGACCAAAAAAAAGGGGGGUGAGGGCAAGGUUGGGUUUUGGGUGGAGGCAAAAAAGCUCUGCCCCAUGAACCCACUUGUGUUGUGGGGGGUUUAUAUAUGAUGACCUGCCCCUUCCUUCCUUCCUGCCCCCAGGACUGGGAACAGCGUCAGGAGGAGGAUAACCUCUUAAUCGAGCGGAUCCUGCUGCUCGUGCGCAAUGUGCUGCACGUCCCGGCCGAUCCCGAUGAGGAGAAGGUACUCGCAUGUCUGAAGGGGGGGCACCCGAUUGUGGUCAGGCUGCUACUGGUCUAGGGCUUUGCCUGAAGGUGUAAAAGAAACACCUGAGCCAUUGCAGAGGUUCACCUACCUGUAUCUCUGCUUUCACAGCAGUCACUGCUUUGUUGUUUUUUUAUACCCCGUUUUAGGGUGAAUUACUGUACUUUUCCGUGUACAGUGGUACUUCAGGUUAAGUACUUUAUUCGUUCUGGAGGUCCGUACUUAACCUGAAACUGUUCUUAACCUGAAGCACCACUUUAGCUAAUGGGGCCUCCUGCUGCUGCUGCGCUGCCGGAGCCUAAUUUCUGUUCUCAUCCUGAAGCAAAGUUCUUAACCUGAAGCACUAUUUCUGGGUUAGUGGAGUCUGUAACCUGAAGCGGAUGUAACCUGAAGCAUAUGUAACCUGAGGUACCACUGUACAAGACAAGGUUUUCAUAUUUUAAAACUGUGUUUAAAAAUUGGGGGGUUGUCUUAUACAGUAUGUAACUUCAGGUUACAUACGCUUCAGGUUACAGACUCCACUAACCCAGAAAUAUUACCUCAGGUUAAGAACUUUGCUUCAGGAUGAGAACAGAAAUCUUGCUCCGGCGGCAGCAGGAGGCCCCAUUAGCUAAUAUGGUGCUUCAGGUUAAGAACAGUUUCAGGUUAAGAACGGACCUCCGGAACGAAUUAAGUACUUCACCCGAGGUACCACUGUGCACGGAUAGUACACAUAGGUGGGACGUGGUUUUUGUUGCUGUGGUGAGCUGGAGAUUGUCAGCGGCUGUUGGGCGUGUUAUUGGUGGCUUCAGCAAGGGCCACCCGCCCCUCCCAAAAGCUCAACAACUCUGGGCUACCCUUUCCCCCCAAAAAGCUCGACAACUCUGGGCAAUCCUCUCUGUCUUAUAUACGGGGGCAUGUUAUAAAUGAACGGUUUCGAUAGUCGGACGGACUCCCAGAACAGAUUAUGUUCAAGAACCAAGGUACCACUGUAUAUAUAUUUAACACAACCUUCUUGUUCCUUGGGACGCGGGUGGUGCCGUGGGUUAAACCACAGAGCCUAGGACUUGCCGAUCGGAAGGUUGGCGGUUCGAAUCCCCGCGACGGGGUGAGCUCCCGUUGCUCGGUCCCUGCUCCUGCCAACCUAGCAGUUCGAAAGCACGUCAAAGUGCAAGUAGAUAAAUAGGUACCGCUCUGGCGGGAAGGUAAACGGUGUUUCCAUGUGCUGCUCUGGUUCGCCAGAAGCUGCUUAGUCAUGCUGGCCACAUGACCCGGAAGCUGUACGCCGGCUCUCUCAGCCAAUAAAGCGAGAUGAGCGCCCCAACCCCAGAGUCGGUCACAACUGGACCUAAUGGUCAGGGGUCCCUUUACCUUUUGUUCCGUGGAAUGCAGUUUGAAAGCCAGCAAUGGACAGUGUCCCUGUCCUCAACAACCACAGUGUCUGUUCUUCCUUCCUUCCUUCCCCUCACCCUUUGGUAUCCCUACUCAGAAGUAGAAGCACCUUAGGUCAUGAGGACCCCAGUGCCCUUGUACUCAGGCUCCUGUGGUCUUUCCCAUAGAACAUUGACGACGAUGCCAACACUCAUGACCGGGUGCUAUGGGCCAUCCACAUCAGUGGCAUGGAUGAUCUGCUCAAAUUCUUGGCCAGCUCCCAGAGCGAGCAGCAAUGGAGCCUGCACGUGCUUGAGAUCAUCUCACUUAUGUUCCGGGACCAGGUAAGCAAGGGGAGGAGGACGAGGGUUGGGCAAGGCGGGCGAAAAUCUGCAGGUGGCUGGUUGGGCUGUCCAUUGGAUACAGUCUCUGUGUUAGAAGUUGGCAGUGCUAUUUUUCUAGAAAAAAAGGUGCUGGAGCUCACUAUGAACGCCUCCCUUGUUCUCUUACACAGUCAUACCUUGGAAGUCAAACGGAAUCCGUUCCAGAAGUCUGUUCGACUUCCAAAACGUUCAGAAACCAAAGCGAGGCUUCAGAUUGGCUGCAGGAAGCUCCUGCAGCCAAUCAGAACCUCCGUCGGCCGCUCGGCUUCCAAAAGAAUGUUUGAAAACCAGAACACUCACUUCCGGGUUUCGAUCUUUCGGGAGCCGAUUUGUUCUGGAGCCAAGGCGUUUGAGAUACACAGUACAACUGUAAUGGCAAUGGCGCCCACCGGAGAGGUGCCGGAACUGAGUUUCUGGCUGAAGAAACGCUCUUGAAGUGGGAAUGAAACCCCAGGAACUUAGUGGCAUUCAAAACUUACAUACUGUAGAAAGGGAAGAAGGAAGAGGGAGAGUUUGAAUUGUGAUACAAGACGAAAGGGGAGAUGGCAAUAGUUUUCACCUGUACUUGUGAGAGACAUGUGGGGUGGGGUGUAAUUGGGGCAGUUUUUGGUGGGUUGGGAAACAGCGGUUGCUAACAAAACUUAGUGAAUAAUAUUUAUUUAUUUAUACAUACAUACAUACAUACAUACCCCACCCAUCUGGCUGGGCUUCCCCAGCCACUCUGGGCGGCUUCCAACAAAAUAUUAAAAUACAGUAAUGCAUCAAACAGUAAAACUUCCCUAAACAGGGCUGCCUUCAGAUGUCUUCUAAAAGUCUGGUAGUUGUUGUUCUCUUUGACAUCUGGUGGGAGGGCGUUCCACAGGGUGGGUGCCACUACCGAGAAGGCCCUCUGCCUGGUUCCCUGUAACUCGGCUUCUCGCAGUGAGGGAACCGCCAGAAGGCCCUCAGUGCUGAACCUCAGUGUCCAGGUACAACGAUGGAGGUGGAGACGCUCCUUCAGAUAUAUUGGACCGAGUAUAUCUGAUACAUAGGAACAGGACUUCCAGGUUUAGAGACAAUAUGCCUUCAGAAAACACAUGUGAAGGGCAAGAACUGACUUUUCUUGAGCGUGGUCAUUUUGUGAGUCUUUUCACCUGGUCACUGUUAGGUGAAGUGAUGGGUGAGUUAGUUGACAUUACCCAAGGAUGAGGAGCCUGUGUUCCUUUAGAGCUCGCUGACCAAGCCAGCAGGGCCCAGUGGCCGGACAUGUUGGGUGUUUCAGUCCAUCAACAUCUAAAUGGCCACAGGUUAACCUUCCCCGGUCAAACCUAACACAGUUGUCCUUAUGUUUAGCAUUUUGUAAGCCUUCUCAAAGUUAGGAGGCACAGAAGACAGGCAGAAAGAUUGCCUUGUCCUAGAGGCUACCUGCAGUGACAACUCUCUGCCUGGGAUGGGCUUGGUAUUCGGUGAGCCUAGCUUGGCUUGCAGGAAGUCACAGAAGUCCGUGUCCCCAACAGAACCCAGAGCAACUGGCAGGAACAGGGCAGGCCCGCUCAGCCAAGGAGCAGAGCGCAGACGCCGCUGAGUUGGAGCACCUGAGGCAGAAGGAACUGGCUGAGAAGAAGAGCCGGGUUCUCCAGCGGAGCAGCAGGUGAGGCAGUGUGGAUUCGAUUUAAAUCAAAUCGAUUUAAAUCACUCGUCAGUAAGACCUAUGCUUCUAACACUUCUGAUCCUUGAUUCAAACUAUGCUUGUUCCCCUGAUAUAUGCAUCUGCUUCUCCCUUUCUCCGCAGGCACUCUCGUUUCGGUGGCUGCUACGUCAUUCAGGGCCUGAAGUCUUUUGGAGACAGAGACGUUGUGAUGCAUAAGGGACUACAGAAUGUAAGUUGAUGUGGGUGCAGGUGUGUGGGUGUGUGUGGUGGGGAGAGUCGUUGCCUGGCAGUGCUCAAAGUUGAAGGCCUCCCUUUGCUACUUUGGGUUGUGAAGUGUGUUAAGUAUAGUAAUUUAAUUCGCAGACAUUGUCAAUGCUUGCAUGCGUUAAAAGGUAAAGGUAAAGGGACCCCUGACCAUUAGGUCCAGUCGUGGCCGACUGUGGGGUUGUGGCGCUCAUCUCGCUGUAUAGGCCGAGGGAGCUGGCGUACAGCUUCCGGGUCAUGUGGCCAGCAUGACUAAGCCGCUUCUGGCGAACCAGAGCAGCGCACGGAAAUGCCGUUUCCCUUCACGCUGGAGCGGUACCUAUUUAUCUACUUGCACUUUGACGUGCUUUCGAACUGCUAGGUUGGCAGGAGCAGGGACCGAGCAACGGGAGCUCACCCCGUUGCGGGGAUUCGAACCACCAACCUUCUGAUCGGCAAGCCCUAGGCUCUGUGGUUUAACCCACAGUGCCACCCGUGUCCCUUGCAUGCAUUACUUUGUGUUUAAAUUGGAUUGGUUGGUAACCGAGUUCUAGAGAGUUCUGUAGGGGUUCUCAUGUGAUUGGCUAUCGUUGGUCACAUGGGAGGCAUACAGUGAAGGAGAGACUCUGUCUAAUGUGAGGCAGGAUGGCUGUGUUUUAGAAUCCAGAGUGAACACUGCUGGGUUGAAUCGAGUGUCGGAGUGCUUCUUCUCCGCUUGGGAGAAAGAGAGCAAAGAUGCAGGAGAAGGCAAAAGUGGGCAAUCUCUCAUAGGAGCUGCAAGGCAUGGCCUAACUGAGAUACAGAAGGCUGAGUGCUGAGCUCUGGAAAGAGAGGAAAAUACAGUUGUUUAGAAGUUAGAAGAAGAGACCGUAAGCCCAUGCUUGAGCAAGCACGCAACUUUAAAUAUUAUGUUUUAAUUCAUCUAUAACUUGAGAUUCUGCAAGUACAGCUUUUGAAUGUUAAAGUCUGGGCAUUGGUUUAAUUUCCAAAGAAGGGUGUCAGUCGUGGUUUGAGCUUCUUAGCUGCGUUUUCGCUACUCUUACUUCAACAACAAAGUGGGUAGCCCAGAAAGCCCCCCACUUGCCUACCCUUACAAGCCCCCUCAAUUGCAGAGGAAGCUGCAGUUGUGGAUUCUUCACCUUUACUCCUCCUCUGGUGCCCUUGCGUCCCUCAGGUGUGGAGAACCUGUGGCCCUCCAGCCGUCGCUGAACUACGCUUCCCCAGCAGCCCCAGCAAGCAUGGCCAAUGGCCAGUGAUUAUUGGAGUUGUAGUUCAACAACAUACAGAAGUCCAGGGGUUCCCCACACAUGGUGCGCACCUCCCUCGCAUGCUUGCUAGAGCAAGUAGGACUUACAGGCAGGGCGAGAGUAGGAAUGGGGCAGGAGAAAUAAUAAUAAUAAUUUAAUAUUGAUACCCCGCCCAUCUGGCUGGGUCCCCCCAGCCACUCUGGGCAGCUUCCAACAAAACACUAAAAUACAAUAACCUAUUAAACAUUAAAUGCUUCCCUAAACAGGGCUGCCUUUAGAUGUCUUCUAAAAGUUUGGUAGUUAUUUUUCUCUUGGUGGGAGGGCGUUCCACAGGGCGGGUGCCGCUAGCGAGAAGGCCCUCUGCCUGGUUCCCUGUAACUUGGCUUCUCUCAGCAAGGGAACCGCCAGAAGGCCCUCGGUGCUGGACCUCGGUGUUCGGGCAGAACGAUGGAGGUGGAGACGCUCCUUCAGGUAUACUGGACCGAGGCUGUUUAGGGCUUUCAAGGUCAGCUCCAACACUUUGAAUUGUCCUUGGAAAUGUACUGGGAGCCAAUGUAGGUCUUUCAAGACCGGUGUUAUAUGGUCUCGGCGGCCGCUCCCAGUCACUAGUCUAGCUGCUGCAUUCUGGAUUAAUUGUAGUUUCCGGGUCACCGCUGCAGCCAUCACCACCUUCGUAUCUUCUCCGCUCUCUCCUGUUCCCGGGCAGGUGAAGAACUACAGCCACGAUCUGGCCAAGGAGGUACGGCGGGUGCCAAAGAGGCGCCAGCUUGCCCGCGAUGGCGAGGGCGUCUCUCGCCGCUCAGCCCUCAACGUGCGGCUUUUCCUCAAGGAGUUCUGCGUGGAGUUUUUGGAGAACUGCUACAAUCGCCUGAUGUGUCUGGUCAAGGUGAGAGUGGUGUCCGUAUCCUGCCAAGCGAGUUUGGGGAUGGCAAAUGGAGCAUCCUGGAAAGGGGAAUCGGAAGGGGAGGGAUGUUGGUGGUGUUGGGCAGAGCUGCAGCAGCGCCUUCCCCGGGGAUAUCUGUUCCUUAACAUAAAAGUGCCAACUCAGCCGGAUCUGGCAAGACGUCAUCCUUAUUUCUGUUCUAGAUCAGAACUUUGUAUUUUAAGGAUUUAAUUUUAACUUUUGUCAUUGGGCGGUAAGAGUUUAAUCCAGUGACGUUGUUGCACAAACAGAACAGUUUUCCACUUGUGCAACAGACUUUCCCCCACCUCGAAAAAAAUCUGCAUCGGAGAGUUGGAGGAACUCCCAGAAUGGAUUGCCGGUUAAUGACUUUGCUGGAUACAACCCAGUAUAAAUAUUGUAAAGAAAAACCGGUGCUGGUUGGUGUGAUGGGUGACAAAUGCCCUGGAAACACAUGGAGAUAAAUAGGUCUCAUAAAGACCUCCCUCCAGUCCUUUCUUAUGGUGCAAAAUAAGUAGAAAUGUGCAAAUGUUCAUCUUUUAUAUAGAAGUUACCACCACUGUGCUCUGCAUCUGAAAUUUCUUGCUGUCCACUAUGCACAUACAGUGGUUCCUCGGGUUACAUACGCUUCAGGUUACAGACUCCGCUAACCCAGAAAUAGUGCUUCAGGUUAAGAUCUUUGCUUCAGGAUAAGAACAGAAAUCGUGCUCCGGCAGCGGGAGGCCCCAUUAACUAAAGUGUAUGUAACCCGAGGUACCACUGUAAUACGAACCCCCCAAAAAAGGAGCAGUAACAGAAUCAGCUGCUUCCUCUUGACUUUCCUUUUCUCUGUUCUCCCCAUCCUGCAGGAUCACCUGAUCAGGGAAAAGGCCCAGCAGCACGAUGAGACCUACUACUUAUGGGCCAUGGCUUUUUUCAUGGCCUUCAACCGGGCUUCAUCUUUCCAACCUCAGCUGGUUUCUGAAACAGUUAGCGUUCGGACUUUCUACUUCAUUGAGCAGAGCCUGACCAAAUACUAUGAGAUGUUACUUAUGGAUAAGAAGGAGGCUACUUCUUGGUCUAGAAGGUAAGGGGGGGUUAGUCACCCUGUGGAAUGGCCUCCUGGGUUCCCCCCUCUUGUUUUGGCUGUGCGACUGAGUGCUUUUGUCACUUGCCCUCUCAUCCUGUCUUCCCCUGUCUCUCCAGGAUGCAUCUGGCUCUCAAAGCCUACCAGGAACUGCUAAAGACGGUGCACGAAAUGGACCAUUCGCAAGACGAAGCUUUGCGCAACAGCAGUCACAUCAUAAAGAGUGAGGAUUUUUAGUUGUAGAAAACACAACCUCUUAGGACAGAGGUUUUCAACCUUUUGGAGUCCACGGCUCCCUUGACCAACUUCAUUCUUUCUGCGGCACCCCUGUGGGGCUCAGGAGCCCAGUUGUGUCACCCCUUGCCUGCAGAGCCGGCAGCCCCUCACCCUUUUCGAAACACCUUCCCCUUGGGGAGUGCUCCCUCGGCCUCCUCUCUUCUCCCCUCUCCUUGGGAGCCCUCUGGGUUGCCGCCCCUGGUCUCUGAGCUGUCCUCCCUGCCCCAAAGAGAGAUGCCUCCUCACACUGCCUCACAGGGGCCUGGGAAGCACCUCCUGGCCAGCCCCAGAGGCACCAUUCGCCAGCAGAGCUUGUAGCCAGGGCUGUUGCAACCAACAGCUGUGCAAGCCUUUGGCAGGCAGAGAUGCGAGAGGGCAUCAGAGGAGGGAGGGAAGGGAAGAGGGACAGAGGCCAGUGUUGCCCGUGGCACCCCUGACCAUCAUUCAAGGCACUCCAGGGUGCCACAGCACACUGGUUGAAAACCACUGUCUUAGAACAAUGUUCCGUCUGUGCUUAAGACCCAGUUCAGAUUGAGAGGCAAUGACUUGAGAGCUUUAUGUGUUGGGCGGAUGUGCUGUCUUAGGUAGCCUCAAGAGCACAUAGAAGAUAAUGGAGAAGAAAGAAAUGGUUGUCCGCUUGCUCUUGUUUUCAAUUUAUGAAAACAUUUAUACACGUCUUUUUAGAAAUAUUAUCUUUAAGAAACAGCUAAGCCGCUGAAGAUCUUGUUGGAAAGGCAAUAGAAAACAAGCACCUAAAACAGAGACUUUUCCAUACAGCUGGAAAAGCUUGUCAAAACAAAAAUGUCUUCUGUUUCACGGAAGUACCGAUAGUAGGCACUGGUCAGGGAUACUGUUCCACAGAACAGGGACAUAUGCUCUGAAUCCCUGCUCCGAGUUACUGAGGAGAGGGCUUUUGAUAUUUUUUGGACUUGGAAGGAGAAACUCCUUCAGGACACAGUGAUCCUACUGGGUCUAUAAGGCAAUCUCAAGGAACCUGGUCGUGAGCUGUACACAGGUUGCCCGGCCCCCAAGUGGAUUUAGCAUGAAGUGUUUAGGAUCCCAUUCCUUCCGCUAUUUUUUUUUCUUGUAGAGCAGGAAACGCUGGCUUGUGGGCACAAAUAACACUAACAACAUGACCACCUCUUUCUCCCAGACAACAUUUUCUACUUGAUGGAGUACCGCGAGCUGUUCCUCACCCUCUUCCGUAAGUUUGAUGCCACAAAGCAGCCCAGGUCAUUCCUGAAAGAUCUGGUGGAGACCACUCACCUUUUCGUGAAGAUGCUGGAGAGAUUUUGCAAAGGGAGGAGCAGCCUAGUGGUCCAGGUAUAUUGGUGUCUGGGGACAAAGUCCUUUCCGUGCGGGGAAGCUGGCGGGUCCCAAGUAGGCCGCACUAGGCCUCUCCAUUUCAGCCAAGCCACACAGACCUGCCCUUCCCUAUAUGUUAUAUAGGGUGUCAGGUGUGGGGAUAGGUAAGGGUGGGGCUUUGGCAGUACCUGCGAAACCAAGCUGAUCGUUGGCGUCUGUGAAGCGCUGCACACACUUUCUGGGCCCGAGAGGGUUGAUUUUUUUAUAAUGUAUUAAAGAUUUUCUUAAUUUACAAAGGUAUGUGCAAUGUCUCUCUCUCGUAUUUUUUUUCCACGUAACCCUUUAUUAUUAUUAUUAUUAUUAUUAUUAUUUACAAAUCAGUUUCAUUUGUUGAGACAUUAGGAAGAAUAGGGUGAAAGAUGAGUGGGGGUGGGGUCGGGUGGCGAUGUUUCUGUUUUACUUAAAAUAUGUGGGGUUUUGUGUCAGCGUUCUUUGUGCAGGUUCUCUGCUGUUCACUUGUGUUCCUUUGGUGGUGAGAGGUUGGGGUUGGCCUAGGGUGUGGCUGUUCAUUUGUGGUUGGCUGUGGUGGUCUUUGUUUUCAUGUGUGAGUGGGGUGGGUGGGUGUUUUGGAUCAGCUUAGCCAUAUUGAUUUGUAUGCUGUUGGUGGAUUUUUGUUGUUGUCUUUUUGGGCUGUGUAUGUGAUAAAGGGGAGCCAUACCAGGGUGAAGGCAUCGUCUUCUAUUUGUCUCCGUGUCAGUUAAUUAUUAGUUAAUUUUUCUAGUAAGGCGAGAGAUUGAUUUACAGUGGUACCUCAGGUUAAGUACUUAAUUCGUUCCGGAGGUCCGUACUUAACCUGAAACUGUUCUUAACCUGAAGCACCACUUUAGCUAAUGGGGCCUCCUGCUGCUGCCGCGCCGCCGGAGCACGAUUUCUGUUCUCAUCCUGAAGCACUAUUUCUGGGUUAGCGGAGUCUGUAACCUGAAGCGUAUGUAACCUGAAGCAUAUGUAACCUGAGGUACCACUGUAAUCACUUUCCCUGGGUCGUGCUUGUGGACGAAGGGCUCUAGGAUUGCUACACUUCCGUCAACAGCCCCUUUUCCUCAAAAGCUGGCUCAGAAACCAGGAAGCUGUUGGUUUGUUUGCUGCAGAGCAAGAAAAUCAAGAGGAAGAAGAAGCCUGCUAGCUCGGCUGUGCAGCCCCGAGCGCCUGAGGAGCUGGAGAAGAUGUGGCCGAGGCUGGCUGAGCAAAUUGAUAAAUGCAUCAAGGUAGGAUAAUGGGAAAUAACCAGUCUUGACACAGCAGCUUGGGGGCUCCUGUAUUUUGUUUUCUAGCUGUCUGGAAACAGAGAGUGGCGCUUUUGCAGCACUCUUGUUUGAUCCAGUUCUAAAAUGCACAAGGUUGGUUCUGAAGUCAUAAAGGUAAAGGGACCCCUGACCAUUAGGUCCAUUCGUAGCCGACUCUGGGGUUGCGGCAUUCAUCUCGCUUUAUUGGCCGAGGGAGCCGGCGUACAGCUUCCGGGUCAUGUGGCCAGCAUGACUAAGCCGCUUCUGGCGAGCCAGAGCAGCGCUCGGAAACGCCGUUUACCUUCCCACCGGAGUGGUACCUAUUUAUCUACUUGCACUUUGACGUGCUUUUGAACUGCUAGGUUGGCAGGAGCAGGGACCGAGCAACGGGAGCUCACCCCGUCACGGGGAUUUGAACCGCCGACCUUCUGAUCGGCAAGUCCUAGGCUCUGUGGUUUAACCCGCAGAGCCACCCGCGUCCCUAAUAUUUUGCAAAAGGAAGUAAAUUGUCUGUGUUCCAGUUGGAAAAUUCUAUUUAUUACAUAUUACAUUUGUAUCCAGCUUUUACUGCAAGAAGCUUAAGGUGGCAUGCAUGGUGCCCCACCCUUUUCAGCCAGUGUGGUGUAGUGGUCAAGAGCGGUAAUCUCGUAAUCUGGGGAACCGGGUUCACUUCCCCUCUCCUCCACAUACAGCUGCUGGGUGACCUUGGGCCAGUCACACUUCUUUGAAGUCUCUCAGCCCCACUCACCUCACAGAGUGUUUGUUGUGGGGGAAGAAGGGAGAGGAGAAUGUUAGCCGCUUUGAGACUCCUUAAAGGGAGUGAAAGGCGGGAUAUCAAGUCCAAACUCUUCUUCUUCUUCUUACCAACAACCCUGUGAGGUAGGUUGGGGGGAGAGAGAGGGUGACUGGCCCACGGUCGCCUUACACCACUCUGGCUCUGAUAGUACUGCCUAGUGUAGUGAUCAUAUUUUCUAGUUGUGUGAAGUCUGGGUAUUGGUCUGUGAGUGUUCAGUUGCCAACAGAGGUUUGGUAACACUUGUUUUUCAGUUUUGCUUUUGCAUCUUGCUGAAAUCUUCUCAAGAGAGGUGUGAAAACUGAUGAUAGUAGUGCAAUAGUGCACUGAAGUUUCUCAGCCAUCAUUUAUGCAGUGCCUUCUGGAAGCCAGUAGGGGGUAGGGUUUCUAACUUUCCAAAUGUUGAGCUGGUUUUGUAAGUCCUCUAGCCCUAUUUUGAGAUGGCGCCACAGCCUCCUUUCAGAAGAUAUGAUAAAAAGCAUGUGUUUGGAAAUGCAGGCAGGCUUGCAAUCUGGAAACGCGUUAAAAUUAAAAAUGUUCCUAUCAUUUGACGGGCAAAAGAAUUCCACCCUGGAACAGAACUCUGCAGUGUGAGUGGCAGAAAAACCUUAGUGUGAAUCUGCAUUCAAUCCUUCCUCUUUGAAAUUUACUUACUUUAUUAAUCUUGCCCUUGUUCGGAAUACAUCUGGCAUCUUUCUUUUUUUUUUCUUUUUAAAAAAAGUUUAUUUAUAAAGCUAAAUUUUUCAGGUGUAUACAUUUCAUUAAUUUUACAAUCAUUUUAACAUUUCAAAGCUUGACUUCCUUCCCCCUCUUUCUGCAGUUCCUUGAAUUUAUUCUUUAAUAUAUUCUGCAUAUCCAAAUUCAUUUAUUUUGCUCACUUAAUUAUCUACUUUAAAUAUAUACUCUUACGAAAGUUAUCUUGAUUUAUUAUCCUUCCAGUUAGUUUUGCCAUGUCUACAUAUUCCAUAAGUUUUUGUAUCCAUUCUUCUGAUGUCAAGACUUCUUCUUUCCAUUUUGGGGCAAAUAACUUUCUUGCCGCUGUAAGGUAAAGGUAAAGGUACCCCUGCCCGUGCGGGCCAGUCUUGACAGACUCUAGGGUUGUGCGCCCAUCUCACUUAAGAGGCCGAGGGCCAGCGCUGUCCAGAGACACUUCCGGGUCACGUGGCCAGCGUGACAAAGCUGCAUCUGGCGAGCCAGCGCAGCACACGGAAACGCCGUUUAUCUUCCCGCCAGUAAGCGGUCCCUAUUUAUCUACUUGCACUUUGACGUGCUUUCGAACUGCUAGGUUGGCAGGCGCUGGGACCGAGCAACGGGAGCGCACCCCGCCGCGGGGAUUCGAACCGCCGACCUUUCGAUCGGCAAGCCCUAGGCGCUGAGGCUUUUACCCACAGCGCCACCCGCGUCCCCUCUUGCUGCUGUAGUUACGUACAUAAAUAAAUUUCUGUACAAUUUAUGUCAGGGGUAGGCAAACUAAGGCCCAGGGGCCAGAUGCGACCCACUCACCUUCUCAAUCCCCCCCGUGAAUGAUCCAGGAAUCAGCGUGUUUUCACAUGAGUAGAAAGUGUCCUUUUAUUUAAAAUGCAUCUCUGAGUUAUUUGUGGAGCCUAGGAAUUCGUUCAUUAUUUUUCUUCAAAAUAUAGUCCGGCCCACCAUGUGGUCUGAAGGACGGUGGACCGGCCCUCUGCUGAAAAAGUUUGCUGACCCCUGAUUUAGGUAGUUCUGUCCCUAUAAUUCCCAAAAGAAAAGCUUCUGGUUUUUUUUACAAAGGUUAUUUUCCGGCAUCUCUUUCUUGCUGUCAGGGUGCUGAGCCUCUCCCGGAGGACGUUGUCCCUUUCGAUGCUGCAUCGGAAAUUCCACUGGAGGAGCAGCGAGCUGAGGCUAUGGUACGGAUCCAGGACAGUCUACUGGCUGGCCAGGCACCUGAAGCUCUGUCUCUUUUGCGUUCAGCAAGGUAAGGAAGUGGCUUCAAGGAAUGUAUCCGUGCCCUUAAUAGUCUGUGAAGGACUAUUGGUGAAUCAGAGGAGCUAGAAUCAUCGAGUUGGGAGGGGCCCACAGGCCAUCUGGUCCAACCCCUUGCAAAUACAGGCAUCUUGACUAAAGCAUCCAUGACAGGUGGCCAUCCAACCAUCUGCUUUAAAACCGUCAAGGAGGGAGAGUCCACCACCUCUCGUGGGAGUCUGUUCCACUGCCGAACAGCUCUUGGAAUAAUUCAAAACAUCAAAACUAACAAACUGAAGUCUCUGAAAGUCCUUAAAUGGAUCACGGUGCCAGACUUUACCCGGCGGAGAGCAAGCUGUGAAGCUUUGUAUAAUCAGCCAAUUAGUUCAACACUCGUAAGUAGAAAGAUAUACAGUAGAUAGAUAUAAUGAAAAAUACUCUGGAACAGUGCUCAUGUGAUUAUGUAUUGAACAGUGACUACAUAAUCGCAUAAGCACUGUUCCAGAGUGUUUUUCAUUAUAUCUAUUUGGAAAAAAGAUUGGUUAAUGAAGAAAUUACAUAUCUUUCUACUCACAAGUGUUGAACUAAUUGGCUGAUGAAGAAUUCAACGAAACAGUAGUUGUUACCCGGAAACACCGUUCAGCAGAGUUCAGAGUUGGACAUCAGAAUUGGACAUUUGCUGAUUAUACAAAGCUUCACAGCUUGUAAAGUCCGCCGGGUAAAGUCUGGCACCGUGAUUCAUUUAAGGGCUUUCAGAGACUUCAGUUUGUUUGUUUUGAAUUAUUCCAUAAAGUUUUUCACAUUGUUAUUGUUUCUGGCCAUCGUAUUGCUUUCGAUAUUGCUGACUCAUAUUUUGCAACACAGGGGUUUGUUUGUUUAUGAACAGCUGCUCUUGCCCGAAAGUUUUUCCUGUAUGUUUAGUUCGGAAUCUCCUUUCUUGUAACUUGAAGCCAUUGAUUCGAGUCCUACCCUCCAGAGCAGGAGAAAACAAGCUUGCUCCCUCUUCCACGUGACAGCCCUUAAGGUAGUUGAAUAUGGUUAUCUUGACACGCAAAGUUGACCAUCUCUGUGUUGUAAGAAACCUGAAAAGUAAAGGAAGUGUUGGAAGCAGCUAGGUUUUCAGCUUCAUUAAGUGGUCUUUUAGCAGCCCUGUUUAACAAAUGAACAUGUUUAGCAGAAGGGAUCUUCCUCCAGAAAUGUAUGGCAAAUGUAAACUUAGCAGUGUGUGUGGCCCUUUACUGGAAUAACAAGAAGGCAGGUCUCUGUCCCAAGCAGCUUGCAAUCUAAACGUUGACACGAGGGACUAAGAGGAGGAGGAGGAGAUGAUUAUGGGUUGGGGAGGGGUGACAUGGGCAAAUGGGGGUUCCACCCUCCCAACUUUGAAAAGAUUGUCAGCUUCACAUAGGCCUGUUUUGUUCUUUAGACAUUUAUCUAAAAUAUUCUUAGGAAUGUUAUUUGGAAGGAAACAUUUAUGAACGUAUUCAUGGAGGCCAAUUGGAUGCAUCUCUAUUCACAGACAUAGACGCAAGGCACACAAGUAGUGAUGUUUGCUGGAUUGUCACUCUUGUUCACAAUUCUAUAGUUGCUAAAGGGGUGUGUGGGCAUGUGGACUUGGUUUUGACCUAGUUCUUGAUGUUGGAGUGCAGGAAGUAUCAACCCUACUGUAUCCUAGCUGUUGCACACAGCUAAUAACUCCCACUUUCCUUCUAUUCUGUAAGGGAGGUGUGGCCAGAAGGAGAUGUUUUUGGGUCGUCCUCCCUUGGCCCAGAUGAAGAGACAGAGCUGCUGAGACAAAUCUUCUUCGCCAGCCUGCCUCGUGAGUGUCCGUCCUCCAUGAGUCAAGUAGAAAGGAACAGCAACAGGGCAGGAGGGAGGGCUGCUAAGGAUUUUCCCCAGGGAAGUCCCGCCUUCCCUUACGGUGGAUCCUCAAACGUCCUUACAUUUGACACACCCCUCCAAAUGCACGCAGGACAAACAGCAGCCGAGACAGAUGAACCUGAGGAGGCAGCUGAAGAAGAGGAAGUCGCUGAGGAAGAGUUGGCAUCUGUAAACGUGUCAGAAAAGGAAUUCAAUUUCCUGGAUUACAUGAAGAGGUAAACAGGGUGUUGUUUUUUGUAAGAGCUUUUCCCCCCCAUCCUUCUGUGUGCCCAGGGCGUUUCAAAUGCCUUGAGGCUGUUUCCUCUGGCAUUCUUGUCCAUGUCAUUUUUUAACACCCUUUCCCCGCCCCCAAUCCAUCAUAAGGGCUAGAUACUUCACUUAACGAAAAGAAAGAGAGACUGAACUUUAGGAAGCCGAAUCCUGUGCCCAUUACCACAUUUUGCACUUCUGUGGCGGUGCAGUGUGCAAGCAGCCCUGACUAUAAAUAUCUCGCCCUGGUCUUUACGCUAUGGUUACCAGAUUUUUUUUAAUGAAUCUGGGGACCCCUUUUUUUGGGGGGGGGGGGAAGCUGAGUAGCAACAGGGAGUCAGUAGUGGGGGGUGGUGAGGCAAAAGACCCUAGGCCUAAACACGCAUGCAUAUUGUAUAAAGGUGCAAAGCCCUUCUUUCACACCCUGUGAAACAAAAAUGCACAGAGUUUUUUUUAAAAAACUGGGCAAUGGCUGCCCGCCCGCGGCUCCCGAGCCUCCCCCAAUCUGUCAAAACAAAGGGGGAAGGGGGCAGGAGAUCUGUACUGCCGGACAUCCCCGGUUCCCCUUCGGCAGCGGCAGUCAGUCGGAGCCAACUGCGCUACCAGGCUGGCUCUGGGCUGCUGAGGCUGCCGCUGCCAUGUUUCCCGGGGACAGAUUUGCAAAUCUAGGGACAUUCCGGGGACAGAAUUUGUCCGGGGACAGAUUUGCAAAUCCGGGGACUGUCCCCAGGAACUGGGGACGUCUGGUAACCCUACUUGACGCUGAGUGUGUUUAAUAUCUACACCCUGGUGUGCAGGUUUGCCAGUGCCAGUGUGGUCAAGGCCUAUGUCCUGCUCUUCAAGAACUACCAGCAGAACAGCGCCCACACUAACCACUGCGUAGUGAAAAUGUUGCACCGCAUCGCCUGCGACCUCAAGAUGGAGGCACUACUCUUCCAGCUUUCUGUCUUCUGCCUCUUCAACCGGCUGCUCAGUGACCCUGCUGCUGCAGCUUACAAGGUGAGGUUCACGUUAGCUGGGUUGCCCUGUGCAUCAUCAGAAAUGUGAAGGCUACAAUCCUAAAUUCACCUGCUAAGGAGCAAGCCCCACUGAACACAGGGGGACUUUGUUCCCAGGUAAACGUGUGUGGACUGAUCUGUGGACGGGGAAAUUGCAAAUUCAAAUUGUGCCUAUAUCCACCCAGAUGAUUGUAGCAGUCUCCAUCCUCUACCCACAAGAGGAUGCCUUGUUGCAAGGUUGUUGUAAGAAAUAAUGAGAAUAUUGUUUGAAUGUUUUAAGGCACCAUGUGUAUUCGAUGCCUCCCUUUUGUUUUUCAACAGUACCUAGCCCUUUUAUCUGCAUGUCAGAAAGGGAGGGGCCUUUUUACAUGAUCUUUUGAGAAUGUCAUUUUGGAUUAAUGUUUGUUUCCUUGGCAAUUUUCUGAGGAAGGAAUCUGGCAUGAGUCAGUUGCAAAAAAAAAAAGUUGCUUAAGUUUUAUAAAGCGAGCUAAGAAGUCGAAAAAAGAAAAGACAAUUCCCAAAUCUGCAGAUUGUUCUUUUCUGCCUGCUUGAAUCUGACAUGUAUCCUGCCUCCUCCUAUGUAUGCAGUAUUAUUAAGAAAACCUAAAAUACCUCCAGGACCGCCUCUCCUGGUAUGUCCCAAGGAGGACCUUAUGGUCUUCAAAUAAAAACAUCUUGGAGAUCCCAGGCCACAGGGAGGUUAGGCUGGCCUCAACCAGAGCCAGGGCUUUUUCAGCCGUGGCCCCAAUCUGGUGGAACGCCCUAUCACAAGAGACUAGGGCCCUGCAGGACUUGACAUCUUUCCACAGGGCCUGCAAGACGGAGCUGUUCCACCAGGCCUUUGGCCAAGGCACAGUCUGACCCCCUCCUUCUGUAAUCCUCAUAGAUGGUUGCCAUUAAUCUGAUUUGAAUUGAUUUUAUAAUGAAAUUAUUUUAGAAUGUUGUAUCAUUUUAAUGUUGUUAGCCGCCCUGAGCCCGGCUUCAGCUGGGGAGGGCGGGAUGUAAAUAAACUUUUAUUAUUAUUUUAUUGUUAUUAUUAUUUAAUCAUGAAAUAUUCCCAUAGCGCUGAGCAGCAGUGACUGCUGAGCCCUGAGACUUAAAAUAAAUAAAUACUUCUCUCCAACCCUAGGAGCUGGUGACCUUUGCCAAAUACAUUGUGGGCAAGUUUUUUGCAUUUGCAGCCAGCAACAAGAAGGCCUACGUGGAGCUGUUGUUCUGGAAAAGCACAGCCGUGAUUCGGGAGAUGACUGAAGGCUAUGCUUUGGCAGAGGAAGAUGAAACGUGAGCUCCUGGAAUAUUUUUCCAGUGACUUUUAAGUUUAUGAAGGGGCAUUUCCAGAAAGGAGUGGCCACUCUCUCAAUAUAUUCCUUUUUUGUUUUGUGGGGAUGGUGAUUAACAAAUAUCUAUGUGUAUAAAGCAGACAAUGGAACAGGAAAAAAACCUCAUAGGUCAAAAUUACAGUACGAUGCAAUAUAAAACUAUAAAAAUCCUUCCCAAAGCAGUGGCGGCAGCACAUUUUGAAGACAUACAACAAGUGAGGGGCCUUUUUGCCUUUAAAUUGAGGGGCAGAGGGAGGUAACACAGUAUUCAAGGACUUCCAUGCAGGGUUGCCACAUCAUGGCAAUGACAGGAGAGUUUCCGGCGUCUUCUGCCCACUUUCCCUCACGUGCUUUUGGUGAGCAGACCUCCAGAUGCGUGUGGGUAUUCACACGUGAAACUGAACAAUCCCAGGCUCACUUUUUAAAUUAAUACCAAGUCAGAAGAAUUAAAGUUAAAUCUCUUUUUAUUGGGGCGGGUGGGAGCAUAAAAGCACACUUCAACCCUUCCCAUCUAAGUAUUUAUUCUCUCUCCUUCUCCAAACAGCUCUAACUCCCUCAAGGCUGUUCAGUGGACUGAGGAAGACGAGGAGGAGCUGAGGGAGCUUUUCUACAAGUACAAGGAAGUGGAAGGUACCAAAUGACAUGGAUGUGUGUGUGGGGGGGACAGCAUUGCAAUCUAAAUACAGUGGUACCUCUGGUUGUGAACGGGAACCCCAGUCGCAACCUGAAAGGAACGCAACCCGGUCUGCGCACGCGCGGGUCGCCAUUCGCCACCUCUGCGUAUGCGUGUGAUGUCAUUUUUUCGCGUCUGCGCAAGCGGCGAAACCCGGAAGUAACCCUUUCCAGUACUUCCGGGUUGCCGCGGGACGCAACCUGAAAAGAUGUAACCUGAACCGAAUGUACCAAGAGGUAUGACUGUAGAGCAAGAUUGAGACUCUCAAUAUAGGAUGCCUGUAUUUUAUCCACUUGGAUAAUAGUAAUAAUAAUUUAUUAUUUAUACCCCGCCCAUCUGGCUGGGCUUCCCCAGCCACUCUGGGCGGCUUCCAAAAAAAUACUAAAAUACUGUAAUACAUCAAAUAUUAAAAGCUUCCCUAAACAGGGCUGCCUUCAGAUGUCUUCUAAAAGUCUGGUAGUUGUUGUUCUCUUUGACAUCUGGUGGGAGGGUGUUCCACAGGGAGGGUGCCACUACCGAGAAGGUCCUCUGCUUGGUUCCCUGUAGCUUUGCCUCUCGCAGUGAGGGAACAGCCAAAAGGCCCUCAGUGCUGGACCUCAGUGGCAGAACAAUGGGGGUGGAGACGCUCCUUCAGGUAUACUGGGCUGAGGCCGUCUAGGGCUUUAAAGGUCAACACCAACACUUUGAAUUGUGCUCGGAAACAUACUGGGAGCCAAUGUAGGUCUUUCAAGACCGGUGUUAUGUGGUCUCGGCGGCCGCUCCCAGUCACCAGUCUAGCUGCCGCGUGCUGGAUUAGUUGUAGUUUCCGGGUCACCUUCAAAGGUAGCCCCACGUAGAUAGGGUUGAAUGCUAAAUUCUACCACAAAAAGGACUUCUGGACCCAAAUUUGGGGGUGGGGGUGGGGAAGGCACUUUGAGCUGGCCCCAUGUUGCUGUUUGGGAUGAGUGGCAGGUCCUAAAUCUGAAAAGGCUAAUGAAGAAUAGCGGCCCAUGGCAAGUAAGAAUUCCCCUUGAGCCAAACAGGCAGGGAAGCUUCUGCCAAAGCUACAGGUGUGAGCCGGCAGGUGAGCAAAAUAUGUAGGCCACUUCUUGAUUGGGGAAAGGCUUUUGCUACUUUAUUUUUCCUGCAUGAGUGUGAAGAGCCUGAUCUUCCUCCUCACCCAGCCACUAAGCCUCUCCCCUUUUCCCUUCUCCAACACCAGGUGAAGAUAUCCUUAACAACAUCCUUGCACACCUGACCACUCGCAACUGGACGCGCAAGCAGGUGGCCAAGCGAUUGGUGCGCUUGGGGCUUGCAAAGAGCCUGCGGGAUUUCCCUCGGGAGAGGUAGGUCUUCGUUCAGAGGGCUUUGUCCUUCCUCUGAUGGGCUGCCUCCGGGCUAUGGCACUCGAUAACAGUUGUAGGGAAAGAGUGUGGCUUGCCUCUUCAAUAAUAAUAAUAAUAAUAAUAAUAAUAAUAAUAAUAAUUUUAUUUAUACCCCACCCUCCCCAGCCAGGGUGGCUAACACCAGUAAAAUUACAGUAAAAACAUAAUGGGGGAGGGGACAAUUUAAAAUACAGGUUAAAAUGCAAUUUAAAAUGCAGCCUCAUUUUAAAAGUAGCCCAUAGAUCAAAACCAUAAGGGGAGGGAAACAUAAGGGUCAGACUGAGUCCAAACCAAAGGCCAGGCGGAACAGCUCUGUCUUGCAGGCCCUGCGGAAAGAUGUCAAGUCCCGCAGGGCCCUAGGCUCUUGUGACAGAGCGUUCCACCAAGUCGGGGCCAGUACUGAAAAGGCCCUGGCCCUAGUUGAGACCAAUCUAACCACCUUGCGACUUGGCACCUCCAAAGUGUUUUCAUUUGUGGACCUUAAGGUCCUCCACGGGGCAUACCAGGAGAGGCGGUCCCAUAGGUAUGUGGGUCCUAGGCUGCAUAGGGCUUUAAAGGUCAGAACCAGCACCUUAAACCUGACUCUCUCUCGCUUUCCAGAAUUCCUAGUGGAUUCUGGUUGUAGGUGCAGAAUUUUAAGCCCUUGUACACAAAAAUCGUGAUUUUUUUUUUAAAAAAGAGCAAAUACUGAUUUUCCAUUUAGUUAUUAGGCAGCAUGCAAAGGCUGCCUGUGGAAGCCUCUAAAAAAGCUGCUGUGCCCUUUUAAGUGCCAGGUUUUAUUUUGCAAGAUAAUCAUACGCUUGAACAUUUAGGUAAUCUCUUUUAGGGUAUGCAGUCUGAAUGUCCUUCACUCACGUUUUAAGCGAAUCAAAUCGGGGGCAUCCCAUGGAGUUGUUCCUAUCCUAAAUAUUUGUAUCUGCAUAUCAGAAUUGUCCUUCCCGAUAAUGCAAAUUUUAUGGUGAAAAUGUACUGUAUUUUGUGACGUGUGUAAAGCAUCAAAGAAACACCUUUGUGCUGAAUCUGCAUGUUUUUGCGUUGGUUCAGCUAGUCAUAGGGAGGGGCAAAAAUCUCGUAAGGUCUUUUUUAUUAUUCAAUAAUAUUAAAUAGACAUAAAGUAAAGUGACAUUUAAAAAUAAAAGUGGUUCUGAAAAUUCACCAGAUUAUAAGACGACAUUCGUUUUCCAGUAAUAUAAUCUCUAAUGAAAACAGCUGCAUAUCCAGAGAAUUUACAGAGUUAAAAGUAAUUGAUAGCUAAUUUCAAAUAAAGCAAACGAACGUUAAAAAUCACUAAAACAAUUUUUAUACGCGUAAUUUUAAUAUCACUUCCAAUACUACUUUUUCAGUACAGUCGUACCUUGGAAGUCGAAUGAAAUCCAUUCCAGAAAUCUGUUCGACUUCCAAAACAUUUGAAAACCGAAGCGCAGCUUCUGACGUUCGGCUUCCAAAAAUAGUUCACAAACCGGAACACUCACUUCUGGAUUUGCGACUUUCGGGAGCCAAAACAUUCGGGAACUAAGCUGUUUUAUAUUAUAUAUUGAACUUCAUGAUCUGCAGCUUUAUCUACAUUUAUAUAUACAGUGGUACCUCGGGUUAAGAACUUGAUUCAUUCCGGAGGUCUGUUCUUAACCUGAAACUGUUCUUAACCUGCGGUACCACUUUAGCUGAUGGGGCCUCCCACUGCUGCCGCACCUCCGGAGCACGAUUUCUGUUCUCAUCCUGAAGCAAAGUUCUUAACCUGAAGCACUAUUUCUGGGUUAGUGGAGUCUGUCACCUGAAGCAUCUGUAACCUGAAGUGUCUGUAACCCGAGGUACCACCGUACCGUAUUUUUCCAUCUAUAAGACGCCCCCAUGUAUAAGACACCCCCUAUUUUGGGGGACUCAGAUUUAAGAAAAUCCACCCUCGGCACUAUCUGUGUAUAAAACGCCCCCUAAUUUUGGACAUUAUUUUUUAGGGGGGGAAACCUAGUCUUAUACACGGAAAAAUACGGUAUAUAAAUAAAAUCUUGUGCGAUGCAACUUUACAGAAUUUGCACAGCCCUGCCCUUCUCCCUCGUGUAAUUCAGUCCAUGCAGGCUUCUUACUGGAGAACCUUGUCCUUUUUCUUUCUUACUCUCCUUGCUGCACCUUAUAGUUUCACCCCCAUUUCCUUGCUUGCUGGGAAAUGUUGAGGCGUGGCAGGGAGCGCCAUAGUUGCUAUUGAACGCUUUCUUCGACAGGAAGGGGACGCGCAUUGUAUUGUGGACAGAGGAUCAGGAGCUGGAACUUCAACGCCUCUUUGAGGAGUUCCGGGACACAGAUGGUGAGGGUCUGCGUGGUUGGAGGGUCCUGAGUUUGCAACCACAAAAGGGAUGCCUGCUCUUGUAGAGGGGGCGGAGCUUAAUACCUUCUAAGCCAGGGGUGAGGGACCCUGUGCUUUCCCAUAUUUUGUUGGACUGCAACUCCUGUCAGCCCCAGCCAGCAAGGCCACUGACGAUGGGAAUUCUUCCCUCCUUAAAGCCACACUCACAGACUUCUUUGGUGCCGAGUUUGCUCCAGUGCCGGGGUUAUUUUUCCAGCAAACCUCCAAUAACCAGGGUUAUUAACCCCCUUCACCCACCUCUGCUUUCCCCCCAUCCCUCCCCAGCUCCAGGAUAAUAUUAUGUCCAACACUUAAACCAGAACUUUCCAAACGGUGUGUCGUGACACAUUAGUAUAUCGGCCUGCAGCGUGUCACACGAUACGUGUCUGUUAGUUAGGGGUUUGUUUAACCUCUGGUUUGCUAGUAAAACAGAAUUACGGUGUCGCGAAAUGAUGCAUAUGUAAAAAGUGUGUCAUCAACGUGAAAAGUUUGGGAAGCUCUGACUUAAGCAGUAAUAUAUGUACAUUUAAGGGACGCAGGUGGCGCUGUGGUCUAAACCUCUGAGCCUCUUGGGCUUGCAAUCAGAAGGUUGGCGGUUCGAAUCCCUGCAACGGAGCGAGCUCCCGUUACUCAGUCCCAGCUCCUGCCAACCUAGCAGUUCGAAAGCACACCAAAAAGUGCAAGUAGAUAAAUAGGUACUGCUCUGGCGGGAAGGUAAACGGCGUUUCCGUGUGAUGCUCUGGUUUCGUUGUUCUGUUGUGCCAGAAGCGACUUAAUCAUGCUGGCCAUAUGACCCGGAAAAACUGUCUGCGGCCUGUAAAGCGAGAUGAGUGCUGCAACCCCAGAGUCGUCUGCGACUGGACUUAACUGUCAGGGGUCCUUGUCCUUUACCUUUUUAUAUAUACUUUUGGCCUUUCACGUAUGGGGGUAUUAACAGAGGUGACGCCAGAAUGGUCUCUGAGAAGAACGAUGCGCUUGGCAUCCUCAUAGCCGUGUUCUGUGGGGACACAAAGAAGUGAGGGAGAACCAUUCCUUCUUGGGAGCGAGUGUAGAGUGAGUCCUUCCUUGGUUUCUCCCUCUCUGCAGAUAUCCUGGCCAAUGUGAUGAGGCAUAUCACCGCUAAGCGUUCCAAGGCCCGCGUUAUCGAAAAGCUGCUCAGCAUGGGGCUGGUGUCCGACCGAAAGGAGCUCUACAAGAAACGCAGGCGCAAGCCUGGCUCCCUUGCUGCGGUAUGGCACCUGCUUUCUGUUCUGUUCGUUCUUUUCUCCUGCACGCAGGCGAGUGAAUGUGCAUGGUUACCUCGGUAUCAUUGGACAGGUCUUUUUUAUUAUUUUUAUUUUAUUGAAUUUAUUGAAUUUAAAGCCCUAAACGGCCUCGGCCCAGUAUACCUGAAGGAGCGUCUCCACCCCCAUCGUUCUGCCCGGACACUGAGGUCCAGCUCCGAGGGCCUUCUGGCGGUUCCCUCACUGUGAGAAGCCAAGUUACUGGGAACCAGGCAGAGGGCCUUCUCGGUAGUGGCACCCGCCCUGUGGAAUCCCCUCCCAGCAGAUGUCAAAGAGAUAAACAACUAUCUGACAUUCAGAAGACAUCUUAAGGCAGCCCUCUUCAGGGAAGUUUUUAAUGUGUAACAUCUUAGUGUAUUUUUGGUCUUUGUGGAAGCCGCCCAGAGUGGCUGGGGAAACCCAGCCAGAUGGGUGGGGUACAAAUAAAUUAUUUUAAUAUUAUUAUUAUUAUUAUUAUUAUUAUUAUUAUUAUACUGCGCUAUACAGUGGAACCUCUACUCACGUACGGAAUCUGUUCCAGAGGUCCGUUCAUGAGUCGAUCGGGAUCGCUGGUAGAAGCGCCGUUCUGUGCGUGCGCAUUCGGCAGCGGUGCCGUUCUGUGCGUGCGCAGAUGGCAGAAGCCACUUCUGCGCGUGUGUGAAUCGUGGCAAACCCGGUAUUUACUUCCGGGUUUGCCGCGGCCGCGAAUCAAAUUGUUCGCUAGUAGGGGCGGUGGUAAGUCAAGGUGCUACUGUACCUGGGGGUCUCAGGGCAAUUCACAGAAUAAAAUCGAAAUGUAAACCUGCAGAAUACAUAAUAAAAAUAAAAACAACAACCCAGUAGCCCCCCCCCAAAAAAAACAUUUUAAAAGGGCAUAGGAUGUAAAUCAACCAAAGGCCUGGUUAAAAAGGAAUGCUUUUGCCUGGCGCCUAAAGGUGUAUAAUGAAGGCGCCAGGCGAACUUCCCUGGGGAGAGCAUUCCACAGAUGGGGAGCCACUGCAGAGAAGGCCCUGUUCUCGUGUUGCCUCCCUCUGGACCUCUUGAGGAGGAGGCACACAAAGAAGGGCCUCAGAAGAUGAUCUCAGGGUCUGGGUAGGUUCACAUGGAAAGAGGCGGUCCUUCAGGUAUUGCGGUCCUGAGCCGUUAAACCAGCCGUCCUGGGCUGGUUGGCUCCCUUUUCUCCUCCAGCGACUUCAAGACGGGCCUUGCUGGGAUUGUUACCUUUGGGUUUACCUGUGGGUAAUGGUUUGAUUUUUUUUCCUGCAUAGCCUUUGUGUUUUGUUGGAGGAGGAAGAUGCCUCUUGUUAACUAUGACCCCCGUAGCGAGCUGUCUUCUUUUCCCUUUCAGAACAAAGACAUGUUCCCUAAGGACUUCGCAAUACCUGACCUGGAUGAGGCUGAGGAAGAUGAUGAAGAGGAGGAGGAAGAAGAAGAGGAAGAUGACUUGGAUAGCGAGGAAGAGGGGGAGUCAGCCUGGAAGGAUGGUGGCCAUGACGCUGGGAACAGGCCAUUGGGUGGGCAGCCUAACAAGAAGGGUGGAACUGCCUCAGAUAGAGACCGCCAGGAGCUUGUGCGAUGCCUGAGGCAGGAAGGUGAGAGCUUGGUGGCAAGAGAAGGAAUUGCAGCUCACGGCGGCAUGGUGGUUUGGGGGGCAGGCAAUAUAAUAAUAAUAAUAAAUAAAUAAAUAAAUAAAUAAUUUAUUAUUUAUAUCCCACCCAUUUGGCUGGGUUUCCCCAGCCACUCUGAGCGGCUCCCAACAGGAUAUUAAAAACACGAUAAACAAACAUUAAAAACUUCCUUGAACAAGGCUGCCUUCAGAUGUCUUCUAAAAGUCAGAUAGUUGUCUGUUUCCUUGACAUCUGAUGGGAGGGUGCCACCACCAAGAAGGCCCUCUGCCUGGUACCCUAUAACUUCACUUCUGGCAGUGAGGGAAACUCCAGGAGGCCCUCGGAGCUGGACCUUCGUGUCUGGGCUGAGCAAUGGGGGUGGAGACGCUCCUUCAGGUAUACUGGGCCGAGGCCAUUUAGAGCUUUAAAGGUCAGCACCAAGACUUUGAAUUGUGCUCAGAAACAUACUCCUCCCUCCCUUGACAACUGGUCUGCUGGGAAACCCUCAAAAUGUCUGGUGCAAAACCUCCAGGAAGUUCUUGGGAGCAUGCACAGUUCAGGAGGUUCCUGGCCUAAUAAGUUCUCUGGCCUAAACCAGAGAGAGGAGCUGGGGGGGUGGGAGGGUCGGUUUUUAUUUUUGGGGAGAGGAAAAAUGGGGGGAGGAGGAGGAGGAUGUAUUUUUGAUAAAUUGUUAUGUUGAAAUCCCUAAUAAAAAAUAUUUAAAAAAAAAAAAAAGGAAUUUCCUGGCCUGGCCUCUUAGGCAUUUGUCAUCAAACUUCAUGACUUUGGUGAACCUUUGUAGAUGCCCAUUGCUCCCCUGUGGCCACGUUGGAAAGCUGCAAGAGGCUUCCAAGGAAUUUUAGGAUUGCCCGGAAGACCUUUCUGAAUGUUACCUAGAUUUGGGGAUCAGCUUUGGGGCAAUCUUUGGAGUGUGGCGAGAGCAAGAACGCUGAUUUGGUGUAGUGGUUAAGAGUGCCGGAUUAGGACCCGGGAGGGCAGGGUUCAAACCCCCACUUGGCCAUAGCUCACCGGGUGGCCCUGGCCCAGCCACUGACUCUUAGCCUAAAACCUACCUUGCAGGGGUGUUUUGGGGAUUGAGUGAGGAGGUGGAGAAAAAGGUGGGAUAUAAACAAAAUGAGUAAUGAAGUACAGCGGUACCUCGGGUUAAGUACUUAAUUCGUUCUGGAGGUUUGUUCUUUACCUGAAACUGUUCUUAACCUGAAGCACCACUUUUAGCUAAUGGGGGCCUCCUGCUGCCGCCGCGCCGCCACUGCAAGAUUUCUGUUCUCAUCCUGAAGCAAAGUUCUUAACCCAAGGUAAUAUUUCUGGGUUAGUCUGUAACCUGAAGCGUAUGUAACCUGAAGUGUAUGUAACCCGAGGUACCACUGUAGUUUUUACGGUUAUAUCAAAAAUUACGACACCCAUCAUCCCUAGCUUAGCAGGACCAGUGGUCAGGGAUGAUGGGAACUGUAGUCCAAAAACAGCCAGAGGCGUAAUAUUUACAACCAGAUGAAAGUUUCAAUUUUGGAGUAAUAAAUUUUCAGAGUACAGUGGUACCUUGGGUUACGUACUCAAUUCGUUCCGGAGGUCCGUUCUUAACCUGAAACUGUUCUUAACCUGAAGCACCACUUUAGCUAAUGGGGCCUCCCGCUGCUGCUGUGCCGCCACUGCACGAUUUCUGUUCUCAUCCUGAAGCAAAGUUCUUAACCUGAGGUAAUAUUUCUGGGUUAGCAGAGUCUGUAACCUGAAGUGUAUGUAAUCCGAGGUACCGCUGUACCUUCUCCCCAUGCUUCUCUGUUUACCCACACAGUAUUUGGGCCUAGGAUGGCAGAAUGGACCACCUCGCCUUUUUCACACUUAUCAGAGAAGGCCUGGUCUACCCAAUAACACUGUGCCUUUCCUAAAGUUAUCGAGAGAAGGAGCCCCUUCAUCUUUCCACUCACUUUUGUCUUUGUAGGUCUGUCUGGCCCUCUGCUAUGGCUCCAGAACUGCCUGAACCGGACAGCUUCUGACCGAGAAGAGGAUGGUAAAUACAGGGAGAAUGUUGCAGAUUCCUGUUUCUUGCGGGGGGAGGCUGAGGAAGAGAUUUAAUAUUUCCCUUCUGCUGCUCUCAGCCUCCUCUGGAGGAACCAUGUGUGGGCCAGCUAGCUAUAUGUCACCUUCCCUCUGAACUUUAUUUAAGCCAGGCUCCUUGAGGUACAGCAAGACCAUAAACUUUUAUAGUUGGUUAACUUUCAUCUUACUUUGUACUUCUGUACUUAACCUAGGUGAUUUAUUUAUUUUGUAAUACUGAAUUUAUUCUGCGUUUGUGAAGCUGUUGAUUUGUCAUUUUAUUUUGCUAACAUGCCCUGUAUUUUGCAUAUUAUGUUUUCUCCUAUGCUCUGCGUUUUAAUGUUUCCGUAGAGUUGGAAGGGGACCUCAAGGGUCAUCUAGUCCAACCCCCUGCCAUGCAGGAAUCUUUUGCCCAAUGUGGGGUUUGAACCCACGACCCUGAAAUUAACUUUGUCUCGUGCCCUACUGACGGAGCUCUCACUUCAGUCCAAGCUGCUUUGGGCACACCUCAUUGUGAGAAAACAGCAUAUAAACUCGAAUCAAUCUGUGUUGUCUAAUAAGGAAGACAAAGGCUCAAGAGCCAAAUAUCCACCAGGGUGUUGUAGACAAGAAUAUUAUACUGCUCUUUCCCAUAUGGCUCUAGAAUUAAGCUUGAUAGAUUCCUGUUUCGCCAGGAUGUGCCCAGCCAGUGCCUUUGGUGCCACUGUCUGAAGAGAAUGAGGAUGCCAUGGAACACAAGCGCUUCCAGAAGCUUCUGCGUAAAGUAGGGAUUCGAGCCCCAGCCAGUGAACAGGUAAUUGUUUUGCUAGAGGAUAUCAAGGUAAAGGGGGACGCGGGUGGCGCUGUGGGUUAAACCACAGAGCCUAGGGCUUGCCGAUCAGAAGGUCGGCGGUUCUAAUCCACGCGACGGGGUGAGCUCCAGUUGUUCGGUCCCUGCUCCUGCCAACCUAGCAGUUCGAAAGCACGUCAACAUGCAAGUAGAUAAAUAGGUACCGCUCCGGCAGGAAGGUAAAUGGUGUUUCCGUGCACUGCUCUGGUUUGCCAGAAGCUGCUUAGUCAUGCUGGCCACAUGACCGGAAGCUGUACGCCGGCUCUCUCAGCCAAUAAAGCGAGAUGAGCGCCGCAACCCCAGAGUCGGUCAUGACUGGACCUAAUGGUCAGGGGUCCCUUUACCUUUACCUUUAUAAAGGUAAAGGACCCCUGGACGGUUAAGUCUUGUCAGAGGCGACUAUAGGGUUGUGCCGCUCAUAUCGCUUUCAGGCCGAGGAAACUGGCAUUUGUUCACAGACAGCUUUCCGGGUCAUGUGGCCAGCAUGACUAAACCACUUCUGGCGCAAUGGGACACAGUGAUGGAAACCAGAGUGAACGGAAACACCGUUUACCUUCCCGCCACAGCAGUAGCUAUUUAUCUGGUGUUCUUUUGAACUGCUAGGUUGGCAGGAGCUGGGACAGUGGGAGCUCACUCUCAUCAUAGGGAUUCAAACCGCCGACCUUCUGAUCGGCAAGCCCAAGAGGCUCAGUGGUUUAGACCACAGCGCCACCUGCAUCCCAUAGAGGAUAUGGAAGGAGAAUGGGUUUGUGAGUGUAAAACAUUUUUUAAAGAACAGGCCUUUUUUGUAAUACAAACUUAAGUUUACAAACUUAAUCCGUUCCGGAAGUCUGUUCUUAAACCAAAGAGUUCUUAAACCAAGGGGUGCUUUCCCGUAGCAGCGGGGGACUCAGUUUACAAAUGGAACACACUCAACAGGAAGCGGAACAUGUUCUGCUUCCAAGGCAAAGUUCACAAACCAAAACACCUACUUCCGGGUUUGCAGCGUUCUUAAUCCAAGUUGUUCAUAAACUAAGCUGUUCUUAAACCAAGGUACCACUGUGUUGUAUUUAUUGUGUUUUGGAAGGGCAACUUUAAUAAUUCAUUGAGAAAGACUAUUUCAUCAUCAUCAUCAUAAAUUUAUUAUUUAUACCCCACCCAUCUGGCUGGGUUUCCCCAGCCACUCUGGGCGGCUUCCAACAAAAGAUUAAAAAUCCAUUAAAACAUCAGUCAUUAAAACCUGCCUUAAAGAGGGCUGCCAGAUAUGUUCCUCCUUUCCCUGCUUUAACUGAAGCUGGGUUUCUGUGAGAUUAGCUAUUUCCUGCUUAGAAUAAGACAGCCGAGUGUCGCUCCUAGGUUAAAGUGACCCAGAAGAACUUGGAACGCAUCCAAGAUCCUAAGUUAACACAAGUUAAAAAGUAUGAGCUCCAGGAAUGUUUGGUACAGUCCCACACCAAAAAAACCCUCUAUUUAACCCUGUUCAUCAUUUGUGGUUUUUCCUGCUUUGUAUGUACAUUUUUGGAGAUGACUGAGGACAAAAUGUUGAAAGAAGUGGGAGAAAUAUAAAUAUAUAUUCAGGAAAGAUGAGCAAAAGCAUUCCCAAAUGCUCCUAAACAAAGAUGGAAGUGCUUCAGUCUCAUCAGCCACAGUUAUGUGUUAAGUUUGUGGCUUUGGUGGAACAGCAGCUUGUAUUCCUCUACUGGCUCUCGCUUUGCCUGCAGAAAUAUUCCAGCAUUUGUGCUCUGUUGCAACGUUAAACAUUCAGUUGGCUCUUUGUAAUCUUGCCUUUCAUACAAUCAUAGAAGAUAAGAUAAUUAUUAAUGUGGUCCUCCCCCCAUUUAUUUCGUAAAGGUUUGCCUUUCUAUCUUGGUAUCUGUCCUUUCUCCUUUUUUGACUAUGUCGAAGUGUUUUGUCCCAGUGAUUUAUGACCAGAGCAAGUUUGGAUUAUGUCCUUCUGUUUGCCCAAGGCCUUCUUGCGAAACAGAAUUUCCCCUUCCUCUCUCCUCCCUGCAUAGUGUCGCCUCCACACAUUGCAUCUUCUUUGGAGCCGGUAGAUGAACCCCUAGAACAGAUUUUUUUGGGGGGGUGGGGGGGAGUCACACAUGAAGAGGACAAGUUCCAUUGCACAAGUGGAACUCCUUGCACAGAUGAAACGACUUCGUUGCAUACAACCCUUUGGUUUAAAACCAGGCGCAGCAAUCCUUGAGCUCUGCUGCUAUUGCGACUAAUUUGAGGGCAAUCCCCUCCAUUUAGCUCUGCUGGGAACAAGAAGCUUGCAAGAGGGGGCCAACAGCAGAAGCAAACAGGAGCUAGCAUCAUGUAUUUACCGUAUUUUUCGCUCCAUAGGGCGCACCGGACCAUAGGGCGCACCUAGUUUUUAGAGGGGGAAGUCAAGAAAAAAAAUCUUACUCUCCCCCCGCCCCAAAGAGCAGCGUACAGGCUGCGCGCAACCUCUCCCUGCCGGAGGGGUUACGCGCAGCUAUGGCACAAGCCAAGACAGCGAGUGGGAUCCAUGGCUUGUGUCAUAGCCGUGCGCAACCGCUCCAGCAGGGAGAGGCUGCGCGGGACUAAAGAAGCCAUAGCCACGUGCAGCCUCUCCGUGCUGGAGGGGCUGCGCGCGGCUAUUCCUGAAGCCUUCGGAGCGCAGUGCGAGUUCCCGCUGCGCUCCUCAGGCUUCGGGUUCCUUUUGCUGAAGCCGGGAGAGCAAGACUCUCCUGGCUUCAGCGACAGGAACCUGAAGCCUCCAGAAUGCAGCGGGAACUCACGCUGCGCUCCGAAGGCUUCAGGGGGCUAUCCCUGAAGCCUGGAGAGCGAGAGGAGUCGCUGCCCACCGACGCCUCUCGCUCUCCAGGCUUCAGUGAAAGCAAGGCGAAGCCUCCGGAGCACAGAGGGAGCGUUCCCUCUGCGCUUCAGAGGCUUCGCCUUGCUAUCACUGAAGGCAAGGAGCCUGCAUUCGCUCCAUAGGACGCACACACAUUUCCCCUUCAUUUUUGAAGGGGAAAAAGUGCGUCCUAUAGAGUGAAAAAUACAGUACCUUCUUUACUUCCUACAGGAAUCUUUCUGGCGCAUCCCAGCCAAGGUCAGCCCAGAGCAACUACGGCAAGCAGCUGCUUCCAUUGCCUCUAAAGAAGUGGAGACCAAAGAGGAGACCAAAGAGCAAGAAGCCGGUAGGUGUAUGGAAGGGGAAACACACUGAAACAACCCUGCUUGUUUCACUUCCCUCAGAACCUCCAUUGUUCGUCAUCUGUAGAGCUGAACCUGCCUCCUUAGAAUUUCAGAAUGUGUUUGUGAGCAGUCCAUGACAUCACAGAAGCUCAGCCAAUGCACAAGCAGAGACUGAAAGCAGUUCUAGCGUGUGUAUAUAUAUAGAAACAUUCUAUUGAUUUAGAGUCUCUUCUUGUUGUACAUGCACACUCUGUGUGCUGUUGUAAAAUGAGGGCGUAUUUGUGCACUAGUUUUCUUCCUCCUCUUGGCAGUUGUCCAUAUAACAUGGAAAUGGUUUCACAUGCUACUUUCCUGCGUUUAGGUGUCUUAAAAACACCCAAGUACAAAUAAAGGACAGACACUAAAAGCAUCAGCACUAAUGCCUAAGCUCAGCCCUCACUGAUUACACAACUCAGUCUAGAAUAACUUCCUCAAACUGGUGGUUAAUCUGUAACCCGUUUUAGCAUCCUAGUUCAUACUGACAUUAUUGAACCCAAAAGCGUUAAACUGGAUGGGCAUGCUCUGAAAUGCUUACACAGGGUUCUCCCCCUCUUCAAGUUUAAGUUUCGUUUCUUAAAAAACAUGUGAAUUUGUGGAAUUGGUUGCUGCCUUCUCAUAUUGUUGCGUUUCUCUGGGUGGGGAAAGAUUCUGUCAGUCCUGGCAGAAUCAGGGAGACAUGGAAUAAGCCCCGACUGAAUGGUUUCCAGCAUCUGUAAUCAGGGCAAUAUGUUUUUCAGGCCUAACCAGCCUUUGACCCCUUGAGCAAGGCAUAGCCCAACUAGCAUAGUAAGCUUCCAGGGGCUUGAUGAACCUCCUGCUUUUAUACUCUCCUGGUAUGCCCCACAGAGGACCUUAAGGUCAAUGAAUAAUCAUAGUUUAGGGGUCCCGGGCCCUAAGGAAGUCAGAUUAUCCUGGGCCAGGGCCUUCUCAGUGAUGGCUCCGACCUGGUGGAAUGCUCUGUCCCAUGAGACCAGGGCCCUGCAGGAUUUUACUUCCUUCCGCAGGGCCUGUAAGACAGAGCUAUUCCACCUGGCUUUCAAUUUGAACUUAGCCUGAUCUUUCCUUCCCUCCCUCUCCCCUUUUUUUUAAGAUUACCCGCUCCGGGAUCCCACAGCUAAUUCUCCCCUGGUCUCCUCGCUGGCCCAAAUAGGACUAAUUUAGCCAGCUAGCCCUGGUGAUCAUCUAAUGUUUAUUGGAUGGAUUUCCCCCCUAAAUCGAUUUUUGAAUUAUGAAUUUAUUGUUAUUCAUGUUUUAUACUAUAUGCUGUUUUUUGUUGCAUCAAUUAAGUGUUUUAAAUUUGUUGUUAGCUGCCCUGAACCCGGUUUUUUGAACCAGGGAGGGCAGGAUAUAAAUAAAAAUUCAUUAUUUUUUAUUAUUAUACCUGGCUGGGACAAGGGAGCACCUGGCAAGCCAUAAAGCAGGCAUGUCCAAAGUCUGUGUUGAUUUAAUCUGACCCCCGUGGCAGUAUAUAAAGGUAAAGGGACCCCUGACCAUUAGGUCCAGUCGUGACGGACUCUAGGGUUGCGGCGCUCAUCUCGCUUUAUUGGCCGAGGGAGCCGGCGUACAGCUUCUGGGUCAUGUGGCCAGCAUAACUAAGCCGCUUCUGGCGAACCAGAGCAGUGCACGGAAACACCAUUUACCUUCCCGCCGGAGUGGUACCUAUUUAUCUACUUGCACGUUGAUGUGCUUUCGAACUGCUAGGUUGGCAGGAGCAGGGACUGAGCAACGGGAGCUCACCCCGUCGCAGGGAUUCGAACCGCCGACCUUCUGAUCGGCAAGUCCUAGGCUCUGUGGUUUAACCCACAGCGCCACCCACGUCCCUCUCCAGGAGAUGUACAUAGUGUAAUAAAAGCUGCAAAGAUAUAAUAAUAAUAAUGCAAAGUUGACAUCCAUAUCAGAGACCUUACUCAUUCGGUUGGGAAGACUUCUCAGAACAAAAAUGUCUUCAGCUGCUUCUGGAGCGUCCAGGUAGUGAACACCAGUUGCAUCUCUACAGGAAUGCUGGUUGCAAUGAAAGUCCCACUCUUGAGUUACUAUAGAGAGGGCUUCUGAAAUCCUUGGAACUUGUAGAAGAAAUUCUUCCUUCAGGAGGCAGUGACCUACAGGGGUUACAAAAGGGACAUCUCCAGUAACUUGCCCCUGAGCUGUAUUAGGUGAAUACAGCCAUGGGCCCAAAAUUCUAUAGACGUUGCUAUGCCUGAGAUGUUCAGUAAUUCAUUAUAAUUAUAAUAGCCUGUGCUGCAGUUGGGUGUUUGGGAGACCAGCUGUUCUGGAAAGUUCUAGCACCUUCCUUGGAGAUCUAUUACUCAAAUUAAGUUUGUCGGGAACUUUCAACUGCAAUUCAGUAACUACCGUAUUUUUUGCUCUAUAAGACUCACUUUUUCCCUCCUAAAAAGUAAGAGGAAAUGUGUGUGCGUCUUAUGGAGCAAAUGCAGGCUGUGCAGCUAUCCCAGAAGCCAGAACAGCAAGAGGGAUCGCUACUUUUGCUGUGCAGCGAUCCCUCUUGCUGUUCUGGCUUCUGAGAUUCAAAAUAUUUUUUUUCUUGUUUUCCUCCUCCAAAAACUAGGUGCGUCUUAUGGUCUGGUGCGUCUUAUAGAGCGAAAAAUACGGUAGUUUGCCUCGCCACCAGACUGCCACCUCCCUUUGCAGAGCUGGCUUUGUCUUUCCAGCUCUCACACUUUCUUUCUUGUCGGUUUCAGCGGAGGAGCAUCUCGAGACAGAGGAGCCAAGAUGCCUGACUGCGGAAAAGUAAGGACUGUGGGGGCACCGGGGUGUGGGAAGAUGACAGCACCUCAUACAAAGUGGGCAAGGUGAAUUGUAAUAGCUUAAAAGCAUGGAGGAGACUAAUAGCCAGAAACAAACUCGGGUGUAUCAUGCAGAAUACAGGAAGCUGCCUUUAUUCAGAGUCAAGACCAUUGAUCCAUAUAGCUCACUGUUGUCUACACGGACUGGCAGCAGUGGGGAUUCAGUCAGGAGUUGUUUCCUAGCCCUAUCCAGAGUUUCCAGGGGUUGCAAAACUGCUACGACUCUUCCCCUUUCUAUAUUCAUUCUAGUUCUUGGGUGGGAUUCAUUUAUAAUGGAAUUGAGCGGCUCUGUCCUUCAAGCCCAGGAUGUUUUUUUGCAUAUCUGAUUCAUAGAGGCAGAAAACAAUGAGUCACAUGCAGCCUUGCACUUCCAGCAGUCAGACUGAAAGCUGCCAUCUUCUGAGCACGAGGACAACAAGGAGAGAAGUCGGUUGCUUCCUGCCCGCUCCCAUUUGCUACCUCUUUUUGUUUGAUAUUUUCUGGAUUCAAUCGAUGACCAGCCAUCAGCAACUGAAAUCCUGCUACUCUGAUUCCUCUUACUUGGUUUUCUUCCCCGUCCCCCAUUCAGUCCACAUCGCCCUGUUCUUUUCAGAAGCUUAUAAUUUGAUACAAAAGCAAAAACCUGGCACACCAUUAUACAGUGGUACCUUGGGAUGCGAAUGGGAUCCGUUCCGGAGCCCUGUUUGCAUCCUGAACAAAACGUAAGAUGCAACUGCGCAUGCGCAUGACGUCAUUUUGACCGUCUGCGCAUGCGUGAGCCAUGAAACCCAGAAGUAAUGCACUCCGUUACUCUGCAGAGCGCAACCCAAAAGCAUUCAACCUGAAACAUAUUUAUCCUGAGGUAUGGCUGUACAGUGGUACCUCGGGUUAAGUACUUAAUUCAUUACGGAGGUCUGUACUUAACCUAAAACUGUUCUUAACCUGAAGCACCACUUUAGCUAAUGGGGCCUCCUGCUGCCGCCGCGCCACCGGAACACGAUUUCUGUUCUCAUCCUGAAGCAAAGUUCUUAACCUGAAGCACUAUUUCUGGGUUAGCGGAGUCUGUAACCUGAAGCGUAUGUAACCUGAAGCGUAUGUAACCCAAGGUACCACUGUAUAGGUUUGUGCCACCUGAGCUACAAGUUUUGUUGGUGGAAACCUGCCUAGAGCACUGGGGCUUCUGAUUCUGCAUUCUUCUCUCCCUGAGUCUAUGUCUGGCAUUUGUAUGUGGCUGGCACACACCCACACCCCUCUUUCUUGCCCUUGUUUCCAGGGAGGAGCCCAUCCAGCCCCCUCUGGGACCCAAGCGAAGGCGCUUGGUCAUUGACUGUGAGGAGCAGGAAGAAGGCAACAGCCAAGGUAUGUCUUGUGGCAGCAGUGUAGUUAACUUCCAUCAAACUCCUUUCCCCAACCGCCAUAUCAUCUCUUUCCCAGCCCCUACAAAUAAUCCCUUUGAUGCUUCUCCUGGGUGCAACUUGAUCACAGAUCAUCUGUUAGGAGUGUUGCUGGUUGUCCCCAAGUUGUGGAGACUCAUUUGGCAUCCGUAUGAAAACUUGAGCCUUCAGAGUUAAUGACUCACUUCUGUGGAAUGUUCUCCCAAUAGGGCUCAUCCACACUUACUGUAUUUUUCGCUCUAUAAGACGCACCAGACCAUAAGAUGCACUUAGUUUUUGGAGGAGGAAAACAAGAAAAAAAAUAUUCUGAAUCUCAGAAGCCAGAACAACAAGACGGAUUGCUGCGCAGCGAAAGCAGCGAUCCCUCUUGCUGUUCUGGCUUCUGGGAUAGCUGUGCAGCCUGCAUUCACUCCAUAAGACGCACAUACAUUUCCCUUUACUUUUUAGGAGGGGAAAAGUGAGUCUUAUAGAGCAAAAAAUACAGUACUCGCCACCACCACCACCCGCUCUUUCCAGGAACAGGUCCAUGCUUAAAAGCUUUGUGUCUGAGCGGUUUUUCUCCCCGCAAAACCCACUCUUUAGCGCUCAGUUGCAGCAUAUGUCAAUUCGUGUUUUCUGCAGAGUGCCGUUUGCACUGAUCGAGCUUUAAAGGGCGGGUUUUUCAGGGGAAACUCCCGGGCCAGAAAAACACACACCAAAAAGUGCUCAGAUGCGGAGCUUUCCAGGCACCAUGACCUGUGCUUUUAAGAGCGUGGAGGAAAAGCAAUGUGGAUACGACCUCAGCUGACACCUUCUAUAUUGACUUCCAAACAUUUACUGAAGGCGUCUCUUUGCUUCCGGUCUUAUGUAGACAAUUAAGGAGGAGGGACAUCUGUAAUAGUCAAACUGGUGGUCUAUGUUAAUUUUUUUGGUGUUUCUAUUUUAACUGUAACCCGCUUUGCUGUUGUUGUGUUUUUAAUGAAAUUGCAGUAUACAAAUAUUUUAAUAAAUAAAAUGAACAAUAUCCAAAAGGCUGUGGGUUCCCCAUCCCUCAUGCAAAGGCUUCUGUGAGCUCAAAGUACCUGCCCAUGAAGGAAGCUGCCUACCUUGUCUACAUUCACCUGGUCAGCAUCGAGGUGCAAGGGAAUAGCAGGCCAUUCUGCCCUAUUUCUGCUUCAGAUGUUGACUGUAUUUCCUCCCCCCCUUAGUAAGGCUGUCAUUGUUUUAUGUUUCCACGAAUUAAAAUCAAUUGAACAACAAUAGAGUAGCAACCCCCCUUCACCCAAUUGAGAAAAAUAGGGGGGGGGGCAAAGGCGUCAGUAGGCUACUAGAACAACCAGCAAGAUAUGCUGAGAGAUAAGAGAGACAAAGGGCUCUUGAUAGAAGUUGGGGCAAUGGUCUACAGAAGAAAGACGGCGCUGUGAUUAGAUCAUUCCAUCCUUCCUUCGCAGUACAGAGAGGGCAGCAGAAAUUACCUGCCACCCCCUGCCCAAAGAGGCUGCCCGCUGCCUUUAUGCAUGAGUCACUGCUUUGAGUCUCCUCCUAAUCACGAGGGAUGUCUGGAAUCCUCAGCUUAUCAGAACUUCAGAAACCCUGCCAAGAAUACAUUACUGAGGCUUGAAGGGGGUGGCGGCAGAAAGGAUGUUCAUUGUUCGGUAAUGGAUAGCAGUGAGAGCAGCUUCUAAUGCUCUCUCUCUAUGUUUAUCCUUCAGCUUCUUUCCCAGAAUGCUGAAUAAUUUCCACUUUGCUUCUGAAGCAGCUUUCUGCAAAAAUCCGAUUAAGUCACAGCACGGCUUUUUCCAUCGCUACUUUAUCCCUUGCUCUCUUAAGAUCACGCUGUAUUUUAUCUUUGGCACGGCAGGGUCCAGUGAUGAGGACGAGCUGCAGCCUGCUGGCAAAAGGAAGUGCCGGCGAAUUGAAGAGGAGGAAGAAGAUUGAAGGAGUUGGCCCUCCCUGGCCCAGUUCAGACCAGUUACACCCACUGUCAGCUGUGGAGCUGCAAGAACCACCUCGGGCAGAGGGGUCCUUGAUGAAGCAGCCUGGAAAGAAUCUCUCUCUUUCUCUUCCCCGGCCCCGGUCUCCCAGUCUUGGUGCACAACACUUCAUAGUUUUUGGGAAUGGGAUGCAGGCAGACUGAACAUGUGAAUGAGACCUGCUAGAGAACGAAUGCAGGGAAAAGAAAUGGGAGACCUGCUUGAGGAGGGAAGAGGAGAAUGGGCUUUCUGCCCUGCUCUGUUACAGGAUACAACAGACGCUGAAGCUGGUACAGGAAGAAGCUUCACUUUAAACUGUUCUGUAACCAUUUGUAGCUUACGACACCUGUGACACGGGGCGUUUGUUCUGAAUGAUGUCUGCUGAGAGCCAGCAAAAGCCACCCUGACAAGGCUGACCUGCCAGGCAGAAAUAAGGCAUGUCGGCUCUUCGAAUCUUAAGGCUACUUGGCUUUUGGAUUCGCCACCGCUCCCUUUCCGUGCCUGGCCAAAACACGACCUCAUCCCUGUGCUCAAGUCUCACAUUGCCUUAUAAUACAUGCGCACGGUCUUCUGUCUCCAUUGCGCCUUGGCACCGAUAUUCUUCAAAAAUGUGUGCUUGUACUGGAAUCACACAAGACUCGUUUGACGUUGGGUGUCAAGAGUUGAAUUGUUUGGGGAGGGUGGGGUUCAAAAGCAAAGAUGUGCUCCUGGGCUGAAUUUUGCUCCCAGAUUAUUGUUCUCAUCACCAGCUGCUUCAGUUUUCCUUGCCGACAGCUAUUGACUUUGUUGCUUGGGCUGUUCCAGGCAGAGGCAACGUCAGAGAUGUAUAAGGGUUGCCUCUCGUUCAUGGUAGAAGGGCAGGAAUGUUAGCACGUUACUUGUGUGCUUGUGUUGUGUUUUCAUAAUAAAAAUCCCCCAAACAACCCUUGGCUGAC